AUGAAACCUUUAAAAGUGGUAGUUGUACUGUUUGUUCAAAUUUUCUUGUUCUUCUCCAGUACAUCAACAGGGUAUGCUGCCUGUCAAUUCAGUAGCUGCUAUGCAGACUCCCAGAAGAAAAUACCGCGACCAUGCAUGGCUGCACCAACCAACAUGGCAUUUAAGCGAAACAUCACUUCUAGCAAUACCUGCGGCAAGCCUGCUGGUGGAUAUUGUGAGCUAGGGCCAGGACGUCAGUGCUUUGAGUGUGAUGCAAACAGCACUACCAAACGGCAUCCACCAGAAUUCAUGGUUAACAAUGAAUUUGACACUCCUUAUUCACUCAGAGAAGUAACAUGGUGGCAGUCUCAAACUUGGUGGGAAACAAAUUUACAAGGCCUCUCCACAAACGAUGAUUCUUUAAAAGUUAACAUAACACUGUCAUUUGGCAGAAGGUUUCACAUAUCUGGUGGUAUAAAAGUGCGAUUUUACAAUGAAAGGCCGCUUGAGAUGUUUUUGGAGAAGUCUAAAGACUUUGGAAAAACAUGGAGAGUUUUGCAGUAUUUUGCUUUUGAUUGUUCUAAGUCAUACAACAUGCUUGGAACAGCUCCUAUUGAUAAAAACAGUCCAUUUAAUGCAACGUGCACUGAAGAUUAUAGUGGACAGUACCCUCCCAGAUAUGGAAAAGUGGAGUACAGGUUUGAUGCAAGAUAUGAACCAGGAUGUGGUUACUUCAAUCAAGAUAUCCAGAAUUUCAUGCUUGCAACAAAUGUGCGCAUCAGACUGGAAAAACCAUUUACCGAUGGCCUUGGAAGUUUAUUUCCAAUUGAAAAAAACCUCAACAAAUACUAUUAUGCUAUUUCAGAUGUUGUCAUUACGGGACGGUGUAACUGUAAUGGGCAUGCACAGUACUGUACUGGACCUCGCAUGCAAGAGACUUGUGAUUGUGAGCAUAACACUGCUGGAAAUGAUUGUGAACUGUGCGAGCCAAUGUUUAAUAAUCGUCCGUGGAUGCCAGCGAAUGCCACCCAUGCAAAUGAGUGUCAAGGUAAAACUGUAGCGUCGUUGUUAGUGAAGGGCGCCAUAGCAAAACGUUCUCUGGCCCACUCAUUUUCUUUUGAGGAGGCCACGUUUUUGCAUACAGCCCUUCAAUUUUUACUGGGCAGUAUCAUUAUUGGUCUUGCUGAUUUAUUGGUAUGAAAAGCACAGAGUUACAUCAAGACAUUUCCAUGGUUGUUUUCAGACAAAUUGCCAUUUUAUAACUGGGUACUUUUUACCUUGCAAAGAUCUGGUUUCAUUAACAGAGAAGCAGAGGCUUAACUCUGCUUGAAUAUUCAAGCCAAGAUUUAGAAGAACAUGCAGUUAUCCCAUCCAAAUCAAAAGCUCACCUUUUUAUCUGUGUACAACUCCUGAUAUCUUACAUCGUGUUUACAGUAAAAUUGAUAACUGCAUUUUUGGGAUAGGCUAUAUUUUUCAGCAUUACAGGUAAACUGCUGUUUUACCACUUACUUUGGGUAAUAUAAUUUUCUGCAGCACAUUUUGAAGGGCAGUUGUCGUGCAAUUCUUUUGUUACUGGGAGCAAUGCUUUACUAGCCUGUGCCACAGAUGAAACUAAACCUCUGAUUUGGCUAAGUCUGUCUGCACUGUAAAGGUAAAAGGUAAGGUGCACACGAGCCAAAGGCCCAAAAAGCCAGAUCUCAUCCCGAUUUCUUUAGCAUGAAGCAUGCCUAAGAGUAUUGCUACUCCCCCCUGGACAGGAUGCUACUUCCAUUGCAGCGGUACCCCCAGCAGUAUGUUGCCGGUACCUAUACACCUGGGUGAAGAGAGACAAUUGGAGUAAAGUUCCUUGUCUAAGGAAACAACUCAACAGUCAAGGCUUGAACCACAGACCUCCAGAUCCAGAGUUCAAUGUGUUAACCACUUGUCCACACAUGCCUCAAUGUCUGCAAAACAGUGCCGAAAUCCUUGUUCUAGGCCCACUGCAGCUGUGUACCAGGAUUUGAGCACAUGCCAUGAUUGGCCUGUUAAAAAAGCAGCCAUUAUUUGAUUUGCCUAUCAGGUUGAAGGGAAAUUCAAAAUGCACUUCUGAUAAUUCAUUGAGUCUGUUGGAGGCCUAGAACAAGGAUCUCAGUGACAGCUAGGUUACUGUUCAAGGUUAGAUUAUGUCUGCAGCACAGGCUAUGCUUUGCUUAUGCUAUUAAAUAAAUAAAACCAGGAAGUGGCAUUGUAAGUGAGGCAUUAUUAUGGCCACAAUCAUUCAAUAAGAAGAACAGUGUCUGCAUGAGCAAAAUGAACUUGGUUUAUAUUAUACCUUCGAUUGAGAGCAGUAUGUUUUUCUUCCAAAUUGUCACCAGAUGGUAGAAUACUGAAUUUUCUCAAUUAGACAACAUAACAUUUAUUUAUAAUGUCAAACUUUGAGCUGUUUGUCCUUCUAUUUGAAAGUGCCAUGUACUUGGGCAGGGUUGUCACUAAGAGCCGGGGGCCGGGGAUUUUCCCCGGCUACUAAGAGAGUGGCCCCCGGCUACUUUUAUUGGAAAAUAGAAGAAAAAUAGAACCAAAAGAAAUCCCUAGCCGUUUGAUUCCCCGCCUACUUGUUGUAUUUACCUGGCAACUUGAAAUCUUAGUGACAACCCUGCUUGGGCCUAUGUUCUUUUUUUUACAAAGGCAUUUUUCAUUCCCUACGGGCCCCUUAUACCAAGUAUUUUAUUAUUAAGACCACAAGAUAAUGUCUGUGGGCAGGGGGGGGGGGGGGGUGGUUGUUUUUAACUUCCUUUUCCACAUCCAGUGUUUAUUCAGGAUCUUGAGUAUGACUUAGAAAGUAUACUACCUUAAAUUGUAUGUUGCGUUUGAUUAUCUUUUGAAUGAUGGUGUUUGUAUUGAUUUGGUUUAGAGUGUCAGUGUAAUAAGCAUGGUUUGUCUUGCAAAUACAAUGAUACUUCGGGCCUUGGAAUUUGCACUAGUUGCCAGCACAAUACUGAAGGACAGCAUUGUGAAAAAUGCCGAGCAAUGUUUUAUAGGGAUUCAACUGUGUCACUGGAUCAUCCAAAUACUUGUAUUGGUAAGUAGAAGGGCUCAAAAAAAGUCCCAUCCAGUGUUCUGGGACAAGUAGAUUUUCUUUCUGGGCAAGGAACAUUUGAAGCUGACUGGUGCAAUAGGCAAAGGGACAAGCAAGUCAUCUUCUAACUAAAUUAUUAACUAAGACAAGCAAGAAGUGGACCCAGACAAGGAAAAUCUGAGAGCUGCUUGCCCAAAGGACAAGCUGGGAUUAAUGUUUUUUUGAACCCUGGAUGACUAUAUGAAACAUUAUCUUAAUUAUAAAUUGUCCAGUCACACAAUCACACAAAAACCAACUGCAAGAAGGUGGUUCGAUGUUACAAUAUGAAAGCUGUGAGUUUUUGCCUGCUGGCAAGGUUCAUUACAACAUGUAAAGUCGACUCUCAGUAACUUGAACCUCAUAGGAAAAUCGAAAGAAGUUUGAGUUAGCUGGAGUUCAAAGCAAAUAACGAGAAAUACAGAAAUGAAAUUGGGAAGGAAUGCAAGUAUCAUGCACACUUGAAAGCUUGAUUAAUACACAGGACAGGACUGUCACAUGUAUUUAAACUGUACUGACAAAAAGCAAACGUGACUGUUAUUUGAAAAAUAUUCAAUGUUUCAGACUGCAGUACACUUUCUUCAUCAACUUGUCACAUGCUUAUUAAAAACAUGGUUCGAGUUACAUAGGGUAAAAUUACAGAAAAUGUAUAAAGGUAAUCCAGGAGAAAUCGAUUUUGGUUAGAGUUAGCGUAAGGUUAGAGUUAGUGAGGGUUUGAGUCAUCUGAAGUCAACUGUACAUGAUAGUAAUGGGCUUUUGUCACACGGUGGCCAUUUAGUCGCGAGAGACUAAAGUAGCUUUGUUUUACCUGUCUGGUCUCGCUCCCAAGUUUUUCACUCCGAGGUUGAGGGUGGUAAAACAAAACAAUAUGGCUGCCAUGUGAAUAAGGCCCAUUAUGUAAUAAAUGAGUAAAUAAAUAAAUAUGAUAGCUUUCAGGCCCUGGUUGUUCAAAAGAUGGAAAGCGCUAUCCAGAUAGAUAAAACCAAUUAUCCAGUGGAUAGCGCUAUUUUACCAGGUAGAUAAAAACUUUUUAACAUGUUUUACCAAUGUUUUUUGCAUUGUAGCAUGCAACUGUUUUCGCGAGGGUAUCACAAAUAAUGGUUCAUGUGUCCAGGAGGCCACGCCCAUGGCACAGGCUGGACAGUGUCAAUGUAAGAACAAGGUGUUUGGACGGCAGUGUGACCAGUGCAUCCCAGGCUACUGGGGCUACAGAUUACAUCCACCUGGGGAAUGCAGAGGUAAGAUAACCUCCUUUGUAAAAGUUGCCAAGUAUUAAUAGUUGCCAAAGAUCUAUUUUAACAUUUAUUUUAUUGAAGCUUUGAUCGAAUGGUUUUAUGAGAGGUCCUUGGUGCAAGGAAGGAUUCACUGAUUUUGAAAAAAAGAAAUAAUAAUAAUUAUUUUUAAAUGAAUUUUUUAAAAAUAUUAUAAAUAAUAAUAAUAAUAACUGAAUAUUUUUAAAAAUUCACUUUCUCUAUUUACUGUUCCCCCAAAAGUAGAUGGCUCAAACCUCCAAGUAGUCUGUUUCUUAGCCUGCUGCCAGCAUGCAAUGAGAACCCUGCCAAUUACAUAUAUUGACCAAUAUUAUUCUUCCUUUUUAGCUUGUAGAUGCAAUAAUCUAGGAACAAUAAACAACACCAUACAGUGUGAUCAGUAUACAGGUGCCUGUCCUUGCAAACCGAGUAUCCAUGGCAGAUACUGUGAUGAGUGCAAAGACGGCUUUUACUUCUUUCCAAUAACUGAGGCAACAGAGUGUCUGCAGUGUCCCUGUGAUUUGGGUGGGGCAUAUCCUCACUGCAAUAAAGUUACAGGUAAGGACAUGUCAGGUCCUGCAGCAGGGUGUUCAUUAGGCAUCAGAGAUAGGAUAAUUCUCCAUUUACUAAUAUGCAGAAUUCUCUGGCUAACAUAGGAUAGCCUAUGACUAUUGUCUAUUCAGGUGUGGAGCGCCUCUUUCAAAAUAUUUUCCUGUAACAUCACACCUUUCUCCUGCCACUUAGAAUUCUUAAUAAAAACCCUGCUUCAGAGAACGAACAGUUAUUAAAAGUAUCAUUAUUGUAUUACCAUUUAAUUUGGUCUAUAUCACGUAUCUGGUGAAAAUCUAUAAUUUUACCAAAGAUGUGGAAAUUUUCCUUUUCUUUAAUAGCAUUCAAAGAAAGUCAUGUCUGAUAUCCUGGGGCCAGUUGAUUUUGCUUUUGGGCUAAUAAAUUCUCUUCUUGACUUGCCCAAUGGGCAAGUGAAGUUUUUUUAAGUAAUUCAAAGUACAGAAUAACUGUAAUCUGCAAUCCUGCCCAUCAAAAUUAUUUUUAGAGCUAGUUAAAAUGGCUUCUGGACUAGUAAAACUUCCUUUUUUCCACCUUAUUUAACUGAGUCAGUUACUUCAGCUGACAAAAUUUUUCAUGCUGUAUGUUAAACAGUCGAACCUUUUUUCCAACUUUAUUUAACCCCGCUGGAAGAUCGAAUGCCCUUAUUUCACCCUUCCCUUUACUUCCCGACAACAUUUUUUUUUUUCAUUUUGGGACUGUUAGUUUUUGUCAUAGUUUGGUAGCAUUCUUUUUAUAAUGUCAGAUACUUGCCCAUCGUUAUGUUUGGCAACCUACCCAGCUUCAAAUAAAUCUUUGUAAAUUUUUUUAUAUUUCUUGGUGGAUCUCUGUUGUUGUUGUUGUUGUUUUUUUAAAACUAGGAUCUUGCACUUGUCGUGUUGGUGUUGAAGGAAGCCAGUGUCAAAGAUCUGAACAAGGGCGAUUCUUCCCUUCACUGGACUUCAUGAAGUUCGAAGUAGAAGACAUGAACGGCACAUUCACUGCCUUUACUCCCUCUGAAGGUAGCAGAAUAUCUUUCACUGGCAGUGGCUUUGCCAUACUUUAUCCUGGACAAUUUGCUCACACAAGUGUUGCUGACAUGACCCUGGCCAGUCACGAGUAUCACGCUGUUAUUAGAUACAGCCUCAGGGAGAGCUGCUUUUUUGGUUCUCCAUCAAAGCUCGUCUUAAUUGUUAACCCCUUGUCUUCUAAUGACAGUUCAGAGUUCACUAUCUUUUUGGAUCAGCUACCACAGGGGUCUGGACAGGCCUUACAAUCACGCAGCACUCUUCAGUUGUUUUCAGAUGAAGUUUAUAACUUAACGCUGACUUACAAUGCUUCUGACAGCAGUGGCAACUGUUCUGUUCUUGUGGAUUCACUAGUGUUCAUUCCUGAUGUCAACAUUACAAGGGUUUACACAGGGUCCAGUGAGGAAACUCAGAAUCAACUUCAGAGUUGUGUGCGAGCAAAAACGUCUCUCUCACAAGCACAGUCCGAACCAGCUCAGUGUCAGGGACUGGUGUUUUCUGUCAGCACAGAGAUUUACAAUGGGACCUUACGUGAGCAGUGUUAUUGUAACGUAGACAGUGAUAAACGUUCUCGCAAAAGAAUCAAAAUUUAUAGUUCUUUUUUCUUCAGUAACAUUAUAUUUUACAGCUCUGUAGGCUGCGAUGGUAUCAGUGUUCACUUUAACAUGUUUUCGUGGUGGUUCUAGACAGCCUGAAAUAACUCUGAAAUGAUGAAUAUAUGACUUGCAUUACCAAAAAGGUUUUACCUGCUCUGGCGAGGACACUUAGUAUAGAAAAUUCCAAAACUCAAGAGCAAAAUUUGAGACAAAAAAAGAAUAUUCCAUCCAAAUGGCUCAAACUUUAUGAGCGUUGUGAAGUGGAUUGGGAUGAAUUAUUGGACCUACCAGCAAUUUACAAUCCUCUCUUGGGGAUAUGUAACAACUGCUGAUGAAGUUCAAGUAGUUCGGACAAAUUUCUUUAAAUUUUGCUCUGAGUUUUGGAAUUUUCUAUACUUAAUAUGACUUUCAUGUAUUUGAACUUCGGGAUGAAGAAAUAAGUGCAGAGAAGAUCAUCACAGUGUAAUGAGCCAUUUUCACGAUGACGUCAUUUUACUACUACUACCAGAAUCCUUCAGGGUUUUGCUUUCUUGUGCAAAUUUAGCCUGCGAAAACAUCCGUUUCUUCUCGCUCUUCGUCGAUGGGGACGUUUGUUUACGCAGGCUAGUCCAAAUUCCGGCUUUUGUUGUUUAAACCUAACUGAGAUUACCAAAUUCAAUUAGGAAUGGUAAAACGAAAAGGAUUCUGGUCAUAGAAGUAAAACAAUGCCAUCGUGCAGAUGGCCCAUUCACAACUUUUACAGCUGCAAAAAGAAAGCUGGAAAAUUUAGGCUUGCCAGGAUUCGAACCCUGACCUCUGCGAUACCAGUGCUUUGCUCUAACCAAUUAAGCUAGCAGGCCAACUGGGAGCUGGUCAUUAAAUUGGUUCGUAAGAUACCCAGGAAAGAUGAAUAUGAAAUAAUGAAUAUACGAGAUACUGUAACUCAUUUACUAACUCAUUUACAAGUCAUCCCAGAGGUAAAUUCACGUGUUUUGAGAACUGUCCGCACGAAUUUUUUUUUUCAAACCCAUGCAAACACCAUCACUUGGUGAUAGCGAUAAAGUUGUUUUAUUGUGUUUGUAGCUUGUGGCUGUGAUCCAGUGGGUACAGUGGCAGGAUCCCUUUGUACAGCAUAUGGCGGACAGUGUCCCUGUCUUCCUGGUGUGGUGGGACGAACUUGUGACUCAUGUGAUGUUGGCUUUUAUGGAUUCUCUGCUGCUGGAUGCAAGCGUAAGUUAAUAUGACAAAGAAAACCCUAUUAAAUUUAUAAAUAGUUUUGUUCAUCUUGUUUCUCACGAUUGUCGCUUAGAUAUUGCCUUGCACGCAAUGGCCGUUUUUAUUCUAAGGACGCGUUAUCCGUCUGGACGAACCUGGGCAAACAUUUUGUACUUCGUCUGGGUUAUGCGUCUCAAGUAUAAAGACGGGCACGAGACGUAUUAUGCGUCCAGACGAACUACCUUUCGUAGUGCGUCGUUCAAGACGGAUUUCGAAGGAAAGUUCGACCUGACGCAAAAUGCGUCUUGUGUCUACGAAAGGUAGUUCGUCUGGACGCAUAAUACGUCUCGUGCCCGUCUUUAUACUUGAGACGCAUAACCAGACGAACUACAAAUGUUUGGCCAAGUUCGUCCAGACGGAUAAUGCGUCCUCUAGAAUAAAAACGGCCAAUGUCUUUCUUCUCUUAGUCAAGUAUCAUCAACCAUUAAGAAACGGUCCAGAUAAGAACGAUAGCAACAACGGCAACGAACAUGUUGGAAUGCAAAAAAGGUGCUAACUUUUCUAUUGUCUGUGCUUACUUCUGAUUGGCUUAAACAGCAAAAGUUAACAAAACUUCAUAAAGCGGUACGUAUAUUCAUCCUCACUUUCCAACCAUCUUCCAUAUAACAAAAUCUGGUCUCAGUUUGAAUAACAAAGAAAUCCUAUGUGGGGAACAUGUAAAAUUGUAAACUUUUCUUGGCUAUUGUUUUCAACUCUUGUGAUUGGUCAAAAUCUUUUAACAUAAAAAAACACCCUUUCAAAGUGGAGUGUAAAUGCAUUUUAUGGAGUAAACGGCCUUCAUGUAGGUUUAUGCAUUCUCUGUGUAAAAAUGAGAAUAUUCCUAUAUGGGAAAGCACCGUUGCCGCAUAACAAAAGAAAUUGCUAUCCACCUUACCCGGAUCAUUGCUUAAAAGGAUGAGUGAUCGAGAUAUAAUGAGAGAGAUCAUCUCUGCUGCAUAGCUUCCAAAAAAGCGGUUUUUUUGCCACAUACUUAAAAACUGUUACUCGUCCGUGCAUGAAUAUGAUUUGUUAUGAAAUAACUUAAACACUACACGUGUUAGUAGCGUAGUAGGGAUGUUUUAGGUCCUUUUUUGGGGGGGAGAUAUAUUAACGCCGAUGAUGUCAUGGCCUUUUGUCUUUAUCUCAUGAAUAAAAUGCAGUGGAAUCUCAUUAAGAUAAGGUUAUGUACUAUUUUAUUAAGUUUAACCAGCCUGACAGGUUUUUGAUCGAUUGGUUGACGAAACAAAGGUAUUCAUUGGUUGGUUCAUUUUGUCAAAGCAAUAAGCGCUAACUCGCCUUUGAGUUAAAAUCACUGAGCCAUAACGUGAUUAUGCAAGUUCUAUUCUCUGCUGCUUUAAUUGUCAAACAAAUGGAAAAUGGACCGUGAUUUCUUGUUUUCUCUUGUUUGCCCCCCUGGGAAACCACGUGACAUUGCUUUUAUCCCAUCAGUGCUUUAGCGCAAGCAAAGAUGGUGGGUAUCGUGAAUAAGGUCUAUUGCUCCAGUUCCUGUUCAUUGAUUCUUGUUGUGACAAUCGUACAUUUUAAUAAGGGCGAAGGAAAACUGGCUCUUUCUAACACGAAACACAAUUUUUUACGUAGCCCUCCCUCUUUUUGCUUCUUCACAAUUCAAUUAUUUCGCUCUUCCUCAGUUUUUUCCCUUCUUCUUACCUCUUUCUCAAUCAAUCUCAUUUCUUUAUCCUUUGAAUUAUGUGCUAAUUUCAAAAAGCAGUAAACAAAUGAUAAGAAAAGGUGAAAAAAAGUUGAAAAGAACUGACUCGGAAACGCAGAAGAAAAAAGGGCGACGAGGCUGGUUCACCAGUUAAGUAUCACUGUGCCCAUUUUUGUAACGUUUCUAAAGGAAAAUAUACGAUGUAUUGAUCCUUCCCUACUGUUACACCAAAAAAAGCGAUUGGGAUCCUGAUAGUUACAUUUUUAUGGUCAAAGAAUUGAGGCAAGUGAAUGACUGCCAUUGUCAUAGUCACGUUACAUAGAAGUGUGCAUUGGUUACAUAAUCAAAGCCCUUUCUUCUCUUCUUUUGGCGGCGUUAGCACGUAUGCAGAAGACCAAUGUCGUCAUUAGAAAAAACGCCCUUAUUGGAAUAACAAUGAAAGCAAAUGAACUCUUCUCACUAGUAGUGUACAGGGCUACACUAGGUAGUAACCAAUCAGAGCGCAGCAAAUUUUGUCUCGACCAAUCAGAAUCGAGUAUUUCGCCCAUGUGACUUAUUGACGUCACAAAUGCCCAUAUUUGGGCAUGGUUAUUCACGUGACCCCAUGGAAUAAAGAACACACGCACACAAGAGUUGAAUCCACAUUCUUCACAUAGUUUUAAUGACCGCGUAAAGCCCUGGGUACAAGCGGGACGUGUGUGACACCCUAAUGACGUCACGCCCUUGAUAUUAAUGAGUGAACAAAAGAAAGGGUGUUUGCCUCUUGGAAGAAAAAGUCAUGAGUGCUGGAUGAGGCCAUGGAAUAUAAUGGUUGAAACCUAAGUAUGACCAUGGUUUGAUCAAAGGAAAAUGGAGUGCAGCCAAGGUGUCUGAAAAACGAAUUGCAAGGAGGGGUGGUUAGAUCCAAGAAGCAAACUGAAUGAGAUAGAGUCGACCAUUGGCACGCACGAGGCGGUGAUUUAUGGUCCAAUGAUUGACUGGAAGAGAAAAAUAAGACUUGAUUACAUGUGGGACGUGUGUGACACCCUGGUGGUGUCACGCCCUUGAAAUGUUUGUUUACAAUAAUAUUCUAUCAAAAUCCAGUCUUGAUUAUAGUCAAAAUGGUCUAGGAUCCAUUGACAUGCUAAUAAAAAAUCAACGUCUUAGUUUGAGCAUCAAGGAACCAAUGACAUACUAAUAAAAAAAAUCAACGUUUUAGUUUGAACAAAUGGAGAAAACUGGACCAUCCUUGAUGAUUGACAAUACAAAGUUUAUGAGGGAUGGGCCAGCUUCGAAAAAUCAUAAUAUCUUGAAUAAUCCAAUGAGAGUCUAAUGAAGAACGAUACAAAGUUGAUGAGGGAUGGGCCAGCCUCGAAAAAUCAUGGCAUGGUCAAUGAUCCAAUGGGAUUCUAAUGAAAAAAUAAGAAUGAACAUCCAACAGGGGUGGCGCCACCAUGCAGACCUCCCCCUGCUGGGUGUUCAGAAUUCCCAUCCCAUGCUUUCUAAGAUGGCACAUCCCCGACAGGGUUCAUGGAGAGUGAAUACAUUACGUAAAUAAAGCCAACAAUGUCGGCAAACAAAAUAUAAUCGUCCUGCUACAUUUCGUACAUUAUCCCUGGUGUGAGUCUCUAUCAAUUGGUGGGUGUCUGAAAAAAGGGAAGGGAGACCAAUGAGAAUGAACAUUCAGAAAUCCCAUCCCGUGCUUUCUAAGAUAUGGCAACCCCAACAGGGUUCAUGGAGGACGGCCACGUGCCUUGAAUACGUCCAACAGCGAUUACACACAAAGUAUAACUGUUUCAUCAGAUAACUGUGGGUGUAUCUGGUAUGACUGGUGAUUAUCUGGGAAGUGGCUGAAAAAGGCAAGGGAUAUAAAUAGCUCGUAGGACAAAACGAGUAUCUGAAACAAAAAAAACAGGUUUUUUUCAAUCACGGGGUGGAUAGCCCAUCCCUUGCAUCAUCUCACACCAAUAACAGGGCACGUGUAAAUCGCGCACAUAACGAAAGUUUAAAAAGCAACGACAACAAAGUAAUUUGAUGGGUCUUGGAAACGGUGGAAGAAGGACCCCUGGUCCGGUGUACCACUGCACGACACUAUUACAAAAACACCACGCCGCAGAAGUGCCAUGAACCCUGUGGGUGCUGAGAAUGGUAUGCGAAUCUACGAAAAAAAUUAAUAAUAAUGCUCUGUCUUCAUGAGUAAAAAAGCCACGCGGUCUCGGAACCAGCGACUGUUCUUGAUGUGCCUAUGCAAGUCUAAAAAGCAGUGCCAUUGCAGAAUUGAGUGAAUUGUCGAACACUAUGAAUAUGGUAAUGGUGUUGCAAGGAGAGGAUCCACCCCCACUCAUUGAUGGCCUCAUUUACAUCUGAAAUAUUUUAUGAAGUUCGAUUAUGCAUUUGACAGUGCUAUAGUUGCAUCUCAAUUGAACGGUUCGUACCCAUCCUCCAUAGUGUUUCAACGUGUAAUGAAAGCCUACAAUGAGGUGGAAAAGGGACGAAUCAAGAUGCGAAAAAAUCGGGAGUGCAAACUCGGAAUCCAUUGCAAAUGAUGACGUAAGAGGCAAUGCGUGCCUGAAAAAAUGUUUGAAAAUUAAAAUUAAUCAUCUAAAAAACCCAGGGCAGCCAAAUCGGGUUCACCGACAUCACCCUGCUCCCGUAAAAACGAAUUAAUCCUAAACGUCAUUCUUAAUGGCCAAUCGUCCCAUUCCCGUUCGUUGGGGUCCCCACUCUGCACAUACUCCACAAUCUCAUCUUCAGUGAGGGACCCCACCCUGAGGCCUGCAAUCAGGUCAUCCAGCCUGAAUCCAUCCAUCAUGCGCUCGCAAUGGUUACACACUCCGCCAGGGGUGGGAUGGGCUACCCACUGGUAAAUAUGACAAACGGGUUGGCUCUCUACAUACUCCCAAGAAUCUGACAAAAAAAAUCAACACGAACAGUUUGGAACCCAGAACCGCGCGGCCCAAUUGAGUCUGGCACGUCGAGGGCAAAGACAUAGGUGGACAGGCCACAGCACAGUGCGUAGAAACUCGAACCCCUUGAAUACCUCUAUGAAAAAUCGAAAAAGGUAUAAGGAAAAAAGGGACCCACACCCCCCAAAAAAAUGAAAAGUCAUAAAACUCACCAGCCAUACGGCGGCGAUGCACUUCGUGGUCCAAUUUUCUGGCGAUCGGGUGGUCCCACGGGAACGUUUUGGCCCAAUUCCGCAAUUCUUCGUGCGUACAGCGACGGAACAAGGCGCGGAACAACUCAUGGCCCAUCGGUAGGUGGUGUAAAAUCUUGAGCAUGUCAAUCAGAACAGCAAUUGGCACGGAAAAUAACACGAUCGACUGGAGCGAACUCACCAUCUUGAACAGCCACACUGAUCAAACUGGAAUGAGCUCUCACGGAGCGCGCAACGGGAUUUAGAGACUCCAUCAACGGCGCUGAUUGGUGGAGAGAUAUCACGUGGGGGAGUUUGACCAUGAGAGGAGACUCUAGGGGGUGCCCCCCAUGGGUACACUUUUUUGGGUGGAACCCCAAGUCCUGGCGCGAGUGGGUGAUUGGUCCAAGGAACCCAUGAAUAAGGCGGAACAGCGUGAAGAGACCCCAUUCCAUGCUUGACGCUAUUAUCAUCAUGGACUGCCGAGGACUCGUGGAUCCCAAGAACAAACCGUUUGGCCGCGUGCUGCCUUUAGAAGUGCAAGUGAAAAUCAUGUUUUGGGUCCAUUGUUUCUAUACCAUGGACAAGAGAAAGAAGGUGGUGCAGGAGUUUAAGGGGUUGCCCAAAUGCGAUCUGACAGGCUUGCCACAACAUCUAGGAGAAGGUCGGUGGUGGAACCAAGUGGUGGUGCGACUGCAUGCCCAACGGAGAAAUGGGUGCCACCAUUGCCAUCGUAUGAUGGAUCACCGGUUGUCGGUGAGUGAUUUUUUUUUCUCAAGACCCCUUCUUCUUCUCAUGACCUGGAUACUGAGACACGUUUUUUUUCAGAUUGGUAUGAUGGCGGAGAUGGCCCGGGUCCCUCCCGAUCUGGACAAGGUGAUGAAUGAGGGGAUUGCGUUUGUCAUCAACCGCUUCGUGCAUCAGAUCCCCAAGUGUCCCAUCGGUCAGCGCCCCGUGAUGAUUGGCCGGAGAAAGCGCGCCUAUGAUACCAUAGACAAAGUGAUGAAACGACUAGAUUUGAUCAUUGAAACCAUGUCAGCUAUGAAUUUUAUUGUGAUUGAUGUACAUUAAAACAAGCGAUUUUUUUCUAGAGCAGUGUUUUUAUUGGCGUUUGAAUAAAGCUUCCAGGGUGGGAUAGAGGACGGGGUCUUCUUCUCGGGUGCCGACAAUCGCCGUCUUGUCUUGGAGGGUGGGUAACGCGAUGUGGGUCUCGGUCAUGCCGUCACAGACUUGAUACUCUUGGGUGUGGGGAUUCCACCAAUACCAUUGUUCCUUAUCCACAUCAAACACAUAGAGGGGUUUGCCUAAUUGCUGGGCCAUGACCACACUCCAGCCUGUCCCCCCCAACAAAUGCUUGCCACAUUCGUCAAAAUGACCCAAGGCCAGGACGAGGGAUGCAGGCUGGAUCACGUGAUAAUUGCGUUGGAUAUACUGGAGGCUGAUGGGAUGAUGGAUUUGUCGUCCCAAUCGAAACGCCACUUGGGUGACCAUCGAGGUAGCCGCAUCCAACUGGGCCUGGGUCAAGGGCGUGAGGGACCUGGAUCGUGGGUGACAGGGUGGGAUCAAGACCACACACGUAUGACCAUACAAGUGACAUAAUCGCUCUGCAUGCGUGUCCACGCCUUUCGCUCCGCCUGUGUAAAUGAGCAUGCUCUGUGAAAAAAUGAAGAAAAAAAAGUCAGCGUUUGUGAAGACGAGAGAUAGGAGUCCAAGCCCACAUGGUGUGCGGUUCAUCAUCGGCGUACAUCAGGGGUACAUCCCAUUCCCGAUGGGUCACGGUUUGUUCAAAGACAUGUGAGACGCUACGACAAUCACUGCAAUUAUCCGGGAUCCAAUCCAGGCCUUGACCGUUAGCAAACGCUUUAUCUUUUUCCUCGGUACAAUGGUUGCAUAACAAAUAGUCUAAUAAUCGAUCGCACCGUUUUUGCCACAGCACGCGUUGGGCGUUGACUUGCGAAUGGGUGGGUAAGACAUGGGUCUGGCGACGGAGCCAUCCACUCAUUUGACAGACCCUCACAUGGGCACAAUGAUCGUGCCAAACACCACUCCCACGUUCCCCAUGAGAAUGAUCCAUGCACCAAUUGUGACCAUGAUUGUUGUGAGCCAUGACAUUGGCCGUGGCAAUAGGAAGAUUGGCCAAGUCCCCACACCCCUGCCCUUCCAAGACCACAAGGGGGUAUGAAUACCGGGGCUCUUGCAACAGUUUAGCCAGUCCAUUGAGCGUGUAGACCCCGAUUCGAUUCCGCUGGGGGGUGAGAUGCUGUUGACACCAAUCGGUGAUAUCGUCGUGGAGCUGAUGGUAGGGAUGAAAGUGUUGGCAGUUAUGAACCGGCAAAAAGGGGUCAAAGGGCAAUCCAUGCACCGUCUGGGUUUGACGAUCGACACGCGUUCGAGCCUCCUUGGAUAAUUGAUGGUACGACGCGCCUGGGGGUAACAGGUAUUUGAUCAACCCAUGAUGAUGUCCCGUCCAAUCGCAAAACGCCAGUUCUCGAAUAAUAUACUCGUCUCGGGAAAGGGCAAACCCCUGACUGUACACCAAGAGUCCCACUUGAUGGAGCGCCAUGCUUACCGUUUCAAUUGGACCGCGACGAAUGAGAGGGGUCUUGGACGCCUCGCGGGUUUUAUAAUCCCUGGGAUGGUUGCUGAUUGGUGGACCUACAAAUCACACCACCCUCACGAGAGCCCAAGCAGAGUCCGGAUUGGUGGAGAAAAGAUCGUAUGAGCAUCACGAGAGGCAUCAUGUGAGGCAGGAGGGAGGGCUAUAAAAGGCCGACCAGACGCUCCCUUGAAGUCAUUCGUCCAGAUGGAUCGUCAAGCCACUCAACCUGCCGCGGUGCCUUCGGGACGCAAACGACGUCGCGUCAGUAAGAAACAAAAACAAGAGGAGGAAGCCCAAGCGCGAGCCCUACAGAUGAAAGCGGAUCAUGAUCAGGAGAUGGCCGAGCUCGGUUUGUCACGAGCUGAACUCUUAGAGAUGAAAGCCAAACAACCCCCAACCAGUGAACUGGUGAUCGCUCUCAACGCCUUGCCCAAAGCAGAUAACCCGACGCCCGUGCCCACACCUUCCCCCACCGACCAAUCCGUGAACGAAUUGAUAGAAGGCACCCUGAAAGAUUAUAAAGAAGAAUGUGUAGAGGAAGGGACGUUUCACUCGGAUCCAGCCACAGAAGUGGGGGAAUGGGAAGUCCUGGACGAGAUGGACACCCAGUUCAACCAACUCCUGUAUGAAACGUGCCCGUUUCAUCCCCAGCGAUUCCUGGAAUGUGUCAACGCCCGAGCCAGUUUUGGACCCUUAAGAUUCAAGUGUCCCCAAGAAGGGUGUCCCGUCUAUUUGUUUGAAGACACGCGAGAGGUGAUGAUGGAGGCCUUGAAAAACGACACACAUCCUCAAGUCCAGGCCCGAGUCAAACGCGGAGAGCUCAAGUGCAAGUGUGGGUUUGUCCCCAAGAUGAAAUUGAGUCGCACGGCCAAGAAUUACCAGAAAGUGUUUUUCAGUUGUGGGAGCUUUCUCACCCAUGCCGAACCCUGUGGUUACUUUCAAUGGCUCCAUGGUCCCCUGUGGUGUCCCCGAGAGCAAGCGCAACCGACCCUGAGACGUUGGGUCAAAGAGUCCCUCCCUCUUUUGAAAAGCCCAGAGAUGGAGAAACCCCGACCCUGGGGAAUGCACCAUGUAGAGAUGUACCAUAGAGAGAAGCCAAACCCCGUGAUAGAAAAGAUAAAGUAUGAUCCGUGGAUGAAACAGUUUGGCGAGUCUGUCAAAGCCCAGGGGAACGCGUUUGAGAGAAGACGCCAUUUCCAUAAGAACUUUGGGAGCUCGUGUUUGUUUUGAAAUCAUGUAAGGUGUGUGAAAAAAACUAUUAAAGACAGAAUUGGGCUCGAAUCCUGUGUCAGUGUCUUGAUGUCGUUGCCACGCGCUUACGAAGAUCCCCAAGAACCUGGGGCUUUGGGUGGGGUCCAACCCUUUGCCCGAGCCCAUAAAUUGAAAACCCCGCAAGCGCAACGCAUUCUUCAAUCCGUGUUGAGCUAUACGCUCCACAAACCCCGACGAACCCGGUUUCCCACCACACCCACAUUGGUCUUUGGCCGAGACGAACAAUGGCAGAUGGAUUUAGUGGAUAUGCAAAAACUCAGUCGAUGGAACCAAGGGAACAAAUAUUUGUUGACGGUCAUCGACGUCUUGUCCAAGUAUGCCUGGGCCGUCCCCAUCAAAUCAAAGAGUGCCACCAACAUGAUCAAAGGGUUGGACGCGAUACGCCGACGGGCCUCACCACGACGACCCCUCCGCGUACAAACAGAUCAAGGCCAAGAAUUUUUGAAUCGAAAGGUCCAAGCCUGGUUCAAGAAACACGACUGGCAUUUUUUCAACACGUAUGGAGAUAGCAAGGCCUCGGUAGUGGAACGAUGGCAUCGCACCUUGAAACAACGGAUGUACCGAUAUUUUACGGCGCACAAUACGUUGCGGUACGUGGACGUGUUGCAACCCUUGAUUCAUACAUACAAUCACGCGUAUCAUCGCAGUAUUGGGUUAGCGCCGCAUCAAGUCACCUUUCGAAACGAGUCCGAGGUAUGGGAUCGACUCUAUGGAGCACGGUUGAAGCCAAAGAUCCCCCCGCCUAAAUGUCGCGUGGGUGAUCGAGUGCGUCUCAACAAGAAACAUCGCCCCUUCAAAAAAGGGUAUUUGCCGGGGUGGACAGAGGAAGUGUUUGUGGUCACGCACGUGCGUCGUCAUCCUGUGGUCACCUAUCGACUCAGUGAAUGGGACGGCACGCCUAUAAAAGGCACGUUUUACGAACCCGAUGUCCAAAAAGUCCAAGUGUCGGACGAUUCGUUAUUUCGAAUCGAAAAAGUCUUGAAACGCCAAGGUCGUCAAAUCUUGGUCCGGUGGAAAGGGUGGCCGGCCAAGUACGAUAGUUGGAUUCCUGCGCAACAUGGUCCGCGUCAAAAUAACACCUCGAAAAAGAAAAAAGCGGGUGCGGUUUCUCGAUGAAGUUCUGGCGGAUUCCAGUCGACCGCGGGCCAGUUACACGCCCUCUCCCACCACGGACGCCGACAUUAUGAAAUUCAUCCAGAAGAAAGCGGCUGAACAACGGCAAACUCAGCCGUGGUGGGAAAAGUUGGCCAGCCCUACCAAGCAGCAAUGGGCCUACGCCAAUGCCUACCAUCGAGCCGAAGAGUAUGCCAAGAAACGAGGGGCCUUACGGUCCCCACCCAAGAAAAAACAACAACGCCGACGCGCUGGACGUCAUCCACCUAUGCGCAAGAAGAAACCCCCUAAACAAAAGACCUGCAUGACCCUGAUGGAACUGGCCCGGGCUUUUCCCAACAUUGCUCAUCAAGUGUGUUUUCAUCCCAAACAAUCGACCUUCAAUUCGUUGGUGGGACGUGUCCCUCGCAGUAAACAGAAAGUGGACCAGUGGCUAUAAAAGGACCCUGCACCCUUGGGGACGUGCCUCUUGUUCAUCAUGAGUGAGAUUAAACGCUUGACACUCAUCAGCGAUGCCACCGACGAGUUUCCCAACAAUGCCAACAACAGUUUCAAGGUCCGUCUGCCCGAACGAAUGUCCUUACCAGGCGAAGGCUGGCAUGCCUCGUUGAUGUCCCUGACCGUCCCGGACCAAGGCCAGAGCAAUGCCAUCAUCGCCGCGGAUCCUCAUACCGAAGUGAUCAAAUUCAAAAUGAACUAUGUGAUCCGCAAGUGGGUGACGGGGAUGUACCGAUUCGCCGAGGUGAAAACCGUGGACUGCGUGUUGGAAUUGGAAGAGAUCAUGAAUGCGAGUCAAAUCGUGGCGACGGGGAGUCAGUUUUGGAAACGCGUGAUGCAAGAAAUGCACAACAAAAUGAUGCACAAUGUGAUGGCGGAACAAAUGCGGUGGCUGGUCACGGAACCUGACCAAAGACCUAUUGUCAGUGCCAAACAAAACGCCAUGCCCCGACUGACCUGGAAAAAAGGUGCCUUGGUGAUCAAGGCCCUUCCCGUCAUGGAUUUGCUUAAAACAGACAAGAAAGCCAUCACUGAUUUUUUCAUCAACCUGGACAUUGCGCUCAAGUUUGGGUUGGUGGAGGAAAAGACAGUCAACAACGCGACAAAGUAUUACCUAGGGCCCAAUUUGCAAUACACGCUGCCCACCAAGACGUACGAUUCGGACACUCCACCUAAAGGGAACUCCAAUCGCUCGCCCUACAACUGGGAAGGUGUGAAUUACGAGGCCGUCAAUCCCGUCUUACUGUUUGGCAAUAUUGUCAGCGAUAUUGAACAUGAUCCCUUGCAAGUUCGGACACAUAAGGGUGUGAAGUUUUUGCAAUUGUCCUUGAUAGUGGAAUGGCAGUUGAAUAACCUAGAUGCCUCAUUUGAAAAGAUCGUGGGGACUCGCAAACGUACGGUCAUGGUCUAUUCGGAUCUGGUCGAAUCCACCGUGGUGGGCAGUGGCAAGUAUCCCCUGUUACGGGAAGUGCAAUUGUUGAGAACAGGGGAUGGGGAAAGUACAGCUGAACCCUUGCACCACCAAUGGAUCAAACUCCGAGGAAAUCAACUGGAUAUCUUAGAAGUAGAGAUUGCCAGUACCAGUGGACCCCUGGCCAUUUUACCCCCGGGCAAAACCCUGGUGACCAUUGGUCUCAAAAAGCUAUAAAAAGUCACUCCACGUCUCUGGAGGGUCCAAAAAGCACCACGACGUGAACCAUGCGCGGAGGUAGUUUAACGCGGUACCACAUGCCCGUCCUCACCAAGCAAGAGGGCAAAGGCUUGGCCGAAGAUUUGAUCAAACUGGCGGGACCCCUGAUCGUGCAACAAGCUCAAGCGGGAUUGCAAGAUAUUCAACGUGGCAAGAGUGCCGCGGCCACCUGGGCGGAUCGAAGUGCCCAACUCAAACGUGGAUUGAAACGCAAAGCCCCUGCCAUGGCUUGGACGGCGGGCAAACACAAAGUCAAACGGACCGCCCAAAAUACCUAUAAAAGAGCCACGCAACGCGUACGGGAUAUCUUUGGACUGUGAAAAAAUGGUACGUGUAGGAGGUUUUCUCAAAUCACAAAAUCGUAUUCGACGGCAACGUGCCCGUGGACGGUUCAUUUCACCGUAUCAAGUGGGGGGCACGAUCUUUGGCAAGUCGACCAUGGCGCGCUAUCCCUUGAUGCACACGACGCAUCGGAUCAACCCCGAACCCUGGAGGGUGAAGCAAGCCCUGCGUCGCAUGAAAGGGGGCACGAUUUUUGGCAAGUCCACCCGCAGGCGUCAAAAUCCUUUGAGGUUCCCUUCUAUGCACCCGGAAGACCCCAACGAAUGGGCAAGGACCAUGGCUCGACGCCGUAUGAAAGGGGGCACGAUUUUUGGCACGUCCACUCGCAUGCGUAUGAGUCAGGAUCCCAUGAAGGUCCUCAUGGCCGACCGAGAAAAAGCCAGGAUGGAACGCUGGCUGAAGCAACGUAUGAAAGGGGGCACGUGGUUGGGCAAAGGGGAUCUCAGAAAAGUGUUGUGGGCCAAUCAAGCCAAAGCCCGGAAGCAGAAAGGGGGCAAUCUCUUCAGCCAGUUGAAAAAACGCAUCCAAAUCGAUUUUCCGCACCGCCCCUUUCCCGCCGCGCAUCCCAUCCAUGAUUGGUACAGACUACGAAAAGGUAUAAAAAGAGGACGCCGUUGAACCACCUGGACAGUUUGCAGCAUGUCGCUCCAACUCUUUGACGUGCCUGAUGUGGAUUAUCGGUACGAAGCCUCUCGGGAAGUGGAGUUUCAACCCGCCUUGACGGGCAUCCAACCCAUCACCUUCUCCAUUCCAGGCUCCGACGAUUAUUACGACACCAAUUCCCUCCGAUUCAAAGUCAAAGUGCGCCUGACCAAUCCAGCCACUGGGUAUACAGGACUGGAUGCUGGUCUGCUCAUUUCCAAUGCCAACGAAAGCAGACAUGUCUACUGCGUCAACAAUUUCGGUCACACCAUCUUUCGAGACAUCACCCUGAGCAUGAAUGGCGUCCUCAUGACAGAACAGAGCAACACCUACCAUUACAGAGCCUACCUAGAAACCCUGCUGAAUUACAGCCGAGAAGAAGGAGCCACCAAGUUAGCCCCCCAAGGAUGGGUCAAUCAGCUCAAUGUGAUUGCAGAAAUGGGAGCCACAGCCGCCAAUUCGGAUGUCCCCACCAAUGCGAAUUGGAGUGGGAAUACAGAAUUGCGAGCCCUGACCAGCCGAUUGACAGAUGAACAUUGGCACACCUUCAUCGUGCGUCCCCAUUUGCCACCCCUCAGGACAGGCAAAUUGUUGGUCCCUAAUAUCCAAAUGGACAUUGAGCUCUUCCUCAACCCCAACACCGUCUACCUGAUGGGUACCCCCAACAAAGGCACCUUGACCACCAAGAAAUUUCCAGCCAUCCAUAAUGAUGACAUCAAAGUCACCUUGUUGAUGAGAAAAGUGACCUUGAAUGCCAGUGUCUAUGUCAGACUGCAGAAAGAAAGACAGCUGGGCAAACAAAUUGCCCGCUACCCCGUCGUGCGGAGCGAAAUUCGCACGUUUUCCUUUGAUGGACGCACCACCCAGUGGGAACAAGACAAUGUGUUUGUGGGUCGAUUUCCUGACCGAGUGAUGGUGGGGUUAUUGCAUUCCAACACCUUCAAUGGAGACCUACAAAGAUACCCUUUUGCCUUUGAAAAGUUUGGUGUCACCCAAGUACGACAGACCUUGAAUGGAGAAGAAUACCCUUACAGAACCCUGCAAUUGACUGGACAGCCCUCAGUAUCGCAACCCCCGCCAAUCAGGCAAUACGCGAUUGAUCAUUGAUUUUGCCGCGGCAGUGGGACACAACGUCACCAUAUUGGUAUGGAGCGAGUAUGAAAAUAUGUAUGAGAUCAAUCAUAUGGGAGGUAUAAAGUACAACAUCAACGGCUAAAGUCACCUCAGAAGUCAGAAGACACCGGUCAUGGAGUUUGUGGCGCUUAGUGAUACUGUGUUGCGGACCCUGGCCCUAGAGGAUCCCACCUUACGACGCGUGUUUCAUGGGGUGCACCCCGCCGACCAGCUCCCCCGAUCCCCCAACAUGAAUGUUCGUCAAGCGUACAUUGUCAACACCGAUCCGGCGGGAGAACCGGGCCAGCAUUGGUUGGGCCUGUGGACCGAAAAGAACCAGUGCGAGGUCUUCGACAGUUAUGGUCUACCCCUGCACGUGUACACCAACCCCGAGUUGCACCAAUGGUGGAGUCAAUGGAAGUACUUGACGCGCAGUGACCAGACCUUGCAAGCCCUGGAUAGCCAAACCUGCGGUCAUUAUGCUUUAUUUUUCUUGAAAGCCCGUGCGCAAGGACGGUCGUAUCAAGAAUUUUUGAGUCAAUGGAGUUGCGACAAUUUAGUGUUGAAUGAUCACAAAGUGGCCGACCAGUUAAAACGGGUGAUUAAACAGGAAUUACAAGAUGAAGUCGAUGCCCGACCUGAAGGGGGGCAAAAGAAUGUGAGCCGUCAGGCCUUUAUCACUUGUCAUCAUUGUGAGUGUUAAAAUAAAAAACCCAUAAAACGAGAUGUGUAGUGAAAGAGUGGUCAUUGUCUCUCAUCAUGAUUACGCGAAGCGAUGUGCAGCGCGUGGUGGAUGCGUUCAUUCUCGAAGAAACUUUGUAUUGGUGGGAACACCCCAUCGAGUGGGUCAACACCGUGCGAGGCAUUGACGCGUGGGAUGGGUAUCAUUGGUUAGUGGCACGACAAUUGGCGCAAGACCAAGACUGGGUCUCCCUUAAAAAGUACAUGGACAGUAUGAGCGAAACGUAUUUAAGAGAGACCAUGGAACGUCUGAUUCAGUGUGAAUCGCCACGACUCUACCGCGACUAUUGGACAGCAUGCCCAGACAACGACGACAACCACGACGGCGCACCCGACGACCCUGCUUUCGCCAAAACGGACGCGGGAUCAUGAGCGUGUUGGCCAAAGCCUAUAAAAUCGGGGAUAAAUUGGGACGCGACAAACGGUAUAAACGCAUGGGUGCCAAAGGGGCCACCGGUCAUUAUCGACGUCACCCUCGACCGUGGGAAUCAUGAUCCGUCAACCCAGUAGUGUGAUUAUCGCGGGCCCGUCGGGCAGUGGCAAGAGUGAAUUGGUGGAACAAUGGUUACGGUACCUCAACGUCUUUCAAGUCAAACCCCGCAAGAUUGUGUAUGCCUAUGAUCGUUGGCAACCCCGGUUCGAGCGUAUGCAAAAAAAAGAUGGGAUUCAGUUUCAUCGCGGGUUACCGGACCCCCGUCAUUUGACGCAAUGGUUUGGUCGGACCGGCGGCGGGGUGCUGGUCUUGGACGACCUGAUGGAAGAAGGGGGACAAGACAAGCGCGUGUUGGAUUUAUUCACCAAAGAUUCGCAUCAUCGCAAUAUUACGGUGCUGUAUUUGACACAAGAUUUAUUCCCGCCCGGUAAAUUUUCCAAGACCAUUAAUCGCAACGCGCAUUACAUUGUGGCGUUCAAAAACCCUCGGGAUCAAACAGGGAUACGCACCAUUUUAUUGCAAGCCUUUCCAGAUCGGUGGCGUCAAGUCUUGCGCCUAUUUAAACGCAUCACGGCCCGUCCCUUUGGCUAUUUGAUGUUGGAUGUGCAUCCUGCGUCGGAUGAUCGCUACCGCCUGUGGAGUCAUUUAACGCCCCGAGAAGGCAAAGCCCAAGUCCACACUUUGCGUGCGGAUGUCCCUACCGUUCGACAACGAACUGCAACGAGAACUCGCCAGGGUCCGCCGGCAAAGAGAAGGCGGACAACAUACUGAGUUAGCCGCCCGCAUGGACCCACCCACCCUCUCGCCUGCUGGCGUGGGCUCCCCAUCGGUCCUUCGGGAUCUCAGCAGUAUGACGGACAUGGUGACCGAAUUAACUCGACCGGUGGAUCGUGCCCAAUUGGAUCAAGAGAUUGAGGAUUUUAAUUUGACCUACCCGGUCAAUGUGGACGAUGCCUUGAAUGCCUUCACGUUACCACCCGUGGCAGGCACCGGCACGGCCCCCACCACCACCACCGCCGCUACCACUACGGCACUGCCACCACCCGCUACCACCACGGCCACCCAAACCCGUCCCACCACCUCGACCCGAACACGCCCCACCACCACCACGACCACCACCAGUCGACCACGACCCGUCACCUCUACCCGAACACGCCCUGCCACCACCGCCACAACCACCACCGCCCCUUCACGCCCCUCCACCUCUCGCCGCAGUGCAGGGGCAGGCACCAGGACCACCACCUCCACGGUGACGACCCCCACGGGACGCCCCACCGUGGCCGCCAAACAACCGCGACGACGUCCCCGUGUACCCUCCCCACCGUCCCCUGAUUCGUCCCCUCCGUCCGAGGACGAAGAUGACGAUGACGACGAUCGAGGGCGAGGCUUAAGGCGACGGUUGGAUUUGCUCAAUGAAGAUGCUCAAGAACGGGCUCGAGGUCGACGCAUCCGUAACAUCACGCAUACCAAUACCGUCACCACGGCCCACGGAAGAGGGUGGACGCCCCUCGGUUCGGGCCAGACGCCCACCCGCCGACGUCCGUCCACGACCCCCACGCCGAGGACGGGCCGUGGCGUGGCCGAGCCCGUGGACGUGGUCACAGGUCUGCGUAAACAGAAAAAAAGGAUAUAAAAACAGGGGUCUCUCUGUCACCGUCCCAAAAUGUGUGGCCGUUGUGGACACGCAAUAGCUCGGAAACGCAAACGCACCACGACUCGACGAUUAUCACGUCGACGGAGGAUCAAGGGUGGGAAGGCACCGUUCGUCGUGGAUAUCAAAAAAGGCUUCAAGUUGUUGACACACCCGGGUAUGUGGAAGAUCCCGUCCAAGGCCGACGUACAGUCCGACAAACGACGAGUGGCCAACUACAAACGCCAGUAUCGCGCCAGUGGUACUAAGGACUCGUACAACAAGUGGUUGGUCAAGAAAGGGUAUGCCAAAAAAGUGGGUGGAUGCAGCUUGAUGUGAAAAUGUAUAAAAAAAGAGGCUCAAAGCGUUCUGCUCUCAAAAGGACUCGUCAUGAGACGCAAACGCAAACGCUCCACGACUCGACGACGGUCCGCCAAACGACGACGACGUGUGAGUCAAGUGGGGGGUGUCGGGGUCGGCCUGCCUAUAGGCAUCAUGAAAGCUGGGUAUGGGAUCACCAAAGCCAUUGGGGAUCAUCAAACCAAGCGUGCUAUCGCCAUUGGUGAAAAACGUCGACGCGAAGUGGCUUCAGGCAAACGGAAAAAAUAUGCGGGGGAAUCGUUUAAUUGUUCGAUCAUGUAAAAAAACGUAUAAAAAGACCUUCGUGGGCCUAAACAGGGGUUCAUUGAACGAUGGUCCGUGGACCCAACGGGCGACGACACCGUUAUGUCCCUCGAAAACGACGCCGCCGACGUGGACUCCAACGUGGCGCUCGGCUACCGCUGUUGGCAAUGGCUCUCUCGCCUUUGUAUCUCCGGAAAUUCAAACCCAGAAUCCGCCUUCGACGCCCGGACUAACCGACGCCCUAAACGAAAAGCCGUCACGUUUGCGUUGGAUUGGGACGACCAGUAUGAAGCGGCCUUGUGUGCCCAGUGUCGAACUCACAUGCAAACGCAUUAUCAUGGCGAAUUGUGUGGUCGGUGUGGUGCCAUUUUUACCAUAAAUAGACCUUGGUCGUUGCCUGAACUCAAGAUUCAUCAUGGGGUGGCGCAUGGAACGUCAAGCCCCGUUCUUAAAAAGUGUCUUACAAGAAGCCAAUCAACACAAACGACAAGAAUUAUUGCGGAUGGCCAAUGCGGAUCAGAUCAAUGCGGUCAGUGAAUUGGUGAUGAACACUCUCCGUGGCACCGUGCCCCGUUCCCGACACACUAUCACGUUGCUCAAACCCCACGCUCAGAGUUUACGCGCUAUGGCCAAACCCGCUCAUUCUGUCAAACGACGACGCGCUAUCAUGAUGGCUCAAAAAGGAGGUGCCCUCUGGCCGGAACUCUACCGAUGUUAUAAACGUUGCAUGCGCUAGACAAGUCCCUUCAGUUGCACCAUGGAACCCGAGAUGGUGAGCACCACGGUGAACAACGCCCCGGCGUUUUUACAAUUACGAGACCAGUACAAACAAGAAUUGGUGGAAGAUACCCGAUUGACCAAAGCCGCUGAUUUAGCGGCCAAGCAACAUGUGCUCCUGACCAGUGAGGCCCCCGAUGCUUGGAAACGGCCUCAACUCAAAGCCGUCAGCCGUCAAUUACGCCAUUGGACCAAAAAAGUGCGUCAACCGUUUGGAGCUGCGACGGGGGGUGUGAGUGCUGCAGGGGCCACGACGCCGGGCGACGAGGAUGAUUUUGAGGCGGGUCCCAUGCAAGCCUGGUUCACGCAAUUAGUCAAGGCCACCCGGGGUAUAAAACAAGGCACCCCGACUGGUGGACCCAGAAAACCGCCUGUCCCGCCUAAACCCAAGAUCACGCCCAGUGCCAAAAAGAAACUCAAGUUUACCACCCCAUUGACUAGUGCUGAGUUGGCCAAAGAGUUGCCCUUUUCAGAGGACGCGGGCCCGACACCUUGGGACAGCCCCUCCUUAGCAAUCAAGCGCAAACUCAGACAAAAAGCCAAAGAAGUGGCCAAAAAGAAAGCCAAAGAGGCAGCCAAGAAAGUCUUGGAUUGGAAAUCGUGGAAAACCCCGUAAGAUGGGACGGACUCGUAGACGCCGUACGGCAUCCCGUUCCCGACCCCGGCGACCACGACGACGGUCGCAACGUGGCGGCAAGUUAUUUGAUGUGCAGAACCUCCUCAACAAGACCGGCAUUGAAUUUCAUUGGCCCGGUUAUCAGUACAUGGGACCUGGCACCCAUUUGAAAAAACGCUUGGCCCGUGGGGAUCCCGGUAUCAACCGGUUGGACAGGAUUGCUAAAGCCCAUGACAUUGACUAUGAUAAAGCCAAGAAUUUGAAAGACAAAUGGGCCGCGGAUCGCAAGAUGAUUGCCAAGAUUGAUCAACUCCCUGGCAGCAAAAACUUGACAGAGCGCAUUGUGAGACGCAUUAUGAAAGCUAAACUCCGAUUGGGCAUGUAAAAACCCCCUUUAGUCAUAAAAAAGACAACAUUGUUGAAUCACACACAUGUUUUAAUUAAACUCAUUUUUGUUCUUACAAGUACAUGUCCAUUUUCUGCAACGCCUCAGCGCGAAGGGUUUGCACCCUGUCCUCUUCAGGGACGGACUCGGCCCAGUCCAAAGGCAACCACGGGAGGGGAAAGGGACGCUCCAAGGCCUCGUCCAACCAGGACCAAUGUUGACGGCGAAUGGCUUCCAUCCGCUUGUUGUAUCGUUCACUUUGCAACGCUUUCCACCUUUCCUCACCCAACGCUUUUCUUUUCUCGGCUGCUUGCUUUCGCCGCUUCGCAUUGGUUCGCUGUAGGUAGGCCUGGUAUGUCCCCUCGUCUUUCAUUUUCUGCCUCCAGUUUCUUUGGCAUCGACUGUUUUUGCGCUUGACCUCCGCCCGCUUCUCCUCGGUCAUGCCAUAGUACCGUUGCAUGCCCUCUUGGGUCUUUUUGGCUUUAAAGGCCUCAUAUUCGCCAUUGGCUUUUAACCGGGCCAUGCGUUCGUGAUAUCGGCGACGGUGCAUGGCCUUCACUUCCUCAAUGCCGUUGGGUUUGGCAUACAAGCGUUGCCGAUAGGCUUUUUGUUGAAUUUUAUUUCUUUCAGGGUCCCGUUUUUUCCUUGGCUUGGGGGGCUGGCGCGAUCUUAGCGUAUCCAUGGUCCAACUCUAAUAGUUUGGCGGCACACACGUCUGCCAAGGCUCGCAACUUUCGGAAGGGACUGGGCGAGAUCUGUUUGUUCUGGGCACGACGGUCCCGUUGUUGCUGUACAAUUUGGUCCCGGUGUCGACGAUAAUAGGCCCGGUUUACUGCUCGUACUUGGUCUGCGUGGCUCGCACGGUACCGGUUGCAAGCUAGACGAUUCAACUCACGGGCUCUGGCAAUCUGUUCCUGGGUUGGAGGCGGUUUAGGUGGUUUGGGCGGUUUGAGCUUUUUUUGCGCUGCCCGCCGCUCGCGCUUCUGUGUCACAAUCCUCUCUCUAUGUUUGAGGUACCACCGCUUCUUAGCUUCUUUCACUUUCUCUGGAUCUCGGUUAGGCAUUUCUCGAACGCAACUGACGUCCGGUCUGAACACUGGCCUAUAUCUAAGACUCUCUCCGCCAAUCACCGCUCUCGGUCCAGGCUCAGAGGAGACUGGAGAACUCUGUACCCAUGGGGGGCACCCCCCUCAAUCCUCCACCGGUCAAAUCAACCCCUCACUUGACUCUCACCUGAGCCCUCUCCACCAAUCCCUAUUCAUCUGAUCACGUGUUUUUGGGUCUAUAAAAGCCAGCGUCUGGCGCGGGAAAUUCAAAUUGUGUUCCUCCGUCAUGGCGGAAGACUACAGUGAUGAGGAGGAGGAGGCUCUGUUAAACCGCGCUUAUGACCGAUGGGAACAACUGGGAGGGGCUGCUGCCGCCCGUGGCCCUCUCUUUCAAUUCACCAUGCAACCUAUUGGUCGACGACGCCGCUGGCGCAAUGUGGUGGAGCGGGCGCAAUUCAACACGCAAUUGCGUCAAUUGAGGGAUCCUGGUCCUGGGGAUAAUAUUGGGAUGGCAUUGACGGAAGCAUUACACCAAGCCAUUGAAACAGAACUCGACCGCGAGCAGCGUCCUGCCCAUCAUUUUGUGAACUUUGCCAUUACAGCGCAUGGGUUCACCCACGCGUAUCAAACGGUCAAUUUCACCGUGGGGGAAUUUUUACAACGCACCGCUCGUUUGGAUGAGAUGUUAGCUACCCUGGCUGGGAAAUUAAACAGCAAUGAAGCCUUCAACCCCGAUCGCGGGUUCCAAGUGGAUGUGGUGUUUGUCUCCAUGCCCGGCCCAGGGUCUGGUCGACAUAAACAACGUAAUGUAGGACGAUUAUGUUUGGAUCGAGUCAACAAGAAAAAGCAAUGCAUUGUCACCAUCAAAAACAGAGAUACCCUAUGCUGCGCCCGCGCCAUCGUCACCAUGCGAGCCCAUUGCCAUAAAGAUCAAGGCGUGGACGGAUUUCACGAUUGGGAGAAUCUCAAACGUGGGCUUCCUGUGCAGCAACGUCAAGCCCAGGCCCUUCAUCAGCAAGCAGGUGUCGCGGAGGGUCCCUGUGGCAUCCCCGAGCUUCGUCAAUUUCAACAAGCGUUGGGGUCUCACUAUCAACUCUUGGUGAUGACCCGGAUGAAACCGUUCUUUUUAAUCUUCAAAGGCCCUGACGCCCCUCAUCAGAUUCGUUUACUGAAAUCCAACGAUCAUUUUGAUGGCUGCACGUCUUUUCCCGCGUUUGUGAAUCGUUCGUAUUAUUGCCUGGACUGUGAACGAGGGUUCAACACCAACGAUCGAACCAAUCAUACUUGUCAAGGGAGACGCUGUUCUGCCUGUGGACGCUUUGAUUGUCCGGAUUAUGUGCGGGGUACCCGUCCCACCGAGUAUUGCAGUCUGUGUCACUGCAAGUUUUACGGCCAUCAAUGCAAACGUUAUCAUGAAAUCAGCAAACAAUGUCAAUCCAUCAAAACGUGUCUCAAAUGUCAAGCCCAAUACACGGUCAUCCGCAACCAACGUCAUCAGUGCGGGUACACCAAAUGUUCUGUGUGUCAGGAAUGGGUACCUAUCCAAGACCAUAAGUGUUACAUUCAGCCCGCGGUAGAGCCAGAGGAGACUGAACCGACAGAGGAGGGGGGAGGUCGCAUGGUGGCGCCACCCCCUCCCCUGUUUGUUUACGCGGAUUUUGAAGCCAUGCAAAAUGCGGAAGGGGUGUUUGUGGCCAAUUUGUUAUGUUAUUCAUCCAGUGCCGAAACCACCAUUCAUGUAUUGGACGGGGAGGACUGUGCUCUACAAUUUUUGCGUGAUUUGGAUGAUCUCACGGACGUGCCGGACAGUGAGGGCGAGCGGGAGAUUCUCGUGGUGUUUCAUAAUUUGAAAGGCUUCGAUGGGAUGUUCAUUCUCCAUGAAUUGUACCAGCAACAACGCGUGGUCGAGGAUCAACUGACCGUAGGGGCCAAAGUGUUGUCGUUCAAGAGUGGACCCCUCAAAUUCAUUGACUCGUUGUGUUUUUUGCCUAUGCCGCUGGCCUCCUUUCCCAGCACCUUCAAUUUGACUGAGUUAAAGAAGGGCUUCUUUCCUCACUUGUUCAAUACCCCCGAUCACCAACAGUAUGUGGGUCGUAUCCCCGAUAUGGAAUUUUACGAUCCUGACGGCAUGAUGGCCAAAAAGAAAGACGAACUGACUCGUUGGCAUGCCGAUCAAGUCCGUCGCAAUGUCAUGUUCAAUUUCCAGCAAGACAUGAUUGAGUAUUGCAAAUCGGAUGUGGCUCUAUUGAAAGCGGGGUGUGAAGCUUUUCAACAAGAAUUUGAACAGCAGGCUGGUUUCAAUCCCAUGGCCAAGUGUAUCACCAUCGCCAGUGCCUGCAACUUGUAUUGGCGCAAGCAUCAUUUGACCCCCGACACCAUUGCUGUGGAACCGCUGGCGGGUUGGCGAGGCGCCCAAGUCAACCAAUCCCUCAAGGCCCUGCAAUGGCUCUAUUACCAAGAACACCUCCUUCCCAAAGAAGGGGCCAGUGCUGACCGCAUACGUCACGUCCGUAAUGGGGGUGAACAGUCCAUCCGAACCAGCGCCAAUAAUCAUUUUGUGGAUGGCUACGAUCCUGUGACUCGUACCGUCUACGAGUUUCAUGGAUGUCUCUAUCAUGGCUGUCCCCGCUGUUAUCCCAACAGACAAGCCAAACAUUAUGCCACACCGGAUCGAACUGUGGAGGAACUCUAUCAAGCCACGCUCGCCAAACGCACGGCUUUGCUCCGAGCAGGCUAUACGGUCAUCGAAAUGUGGGAGUGUGAAUGGGACCAACAGGUGGACAUGAAUGAAACCGUCCAACGUUUCCUGUCGUCCUUCGAUCUGGUGGCACCCCUAGAACCCCGUGAAGCCUUCUUUGGGGGUCGAACCGGUGCGGUGGCUCUGCAUGCCGUGGCUGAAGAAGGCGAGGAAAUACGUUAUGUGGAUGUGACCUCCCUGUACCCGUGGGUGAAUAAGAACUGUCCCUAUCCCAUCGGGCAUCCGCGGAUCAUCACGCAACCCGCCGACCAGUCCCUAGAGUCCUAUUUUGGUGUCGCCACGGUGGAUAUUCUUCCUCCCACUGGUUUAUUCCAUCCUGUUCAACCCGUGCGUAGCGGGAACAAGCUCACGUUUCCUCUCUGUCGUGCUUGUGUUCAGACCGAGCAGGUCCAACCCAUGUUAACCCGAACCCACUAUUGCCCUCAUUCCGAUGCGGAUCGCACGCUACGCGGUACCUGGUGCACACCCGAAUUGGUCAAAGCCGUCGAAAAGGGGUACACGCUGAUCAAGAUUCAUGAAGUCUGGCAUUUUCCCCCUGAGCAACGCCAAACAGGUCUUUUUGCCAAUUACGUGAACACGUGGCUCAAGUUAAAACAAGAAUCUGCAGGAUGGCCCAGCUGGUGUCAGACCCUCGAGCAAAAACGCAACUACAUUCUUCGCUACCAGGAACGGGAAGGCAUCCGAUUGGAUAUUGCCAGUAUUGCGAAGAACCCUGGUCGCAAGGCCACCGCCAAGCUCAUGCUGAACAGUUUCUGGGGCAAAUUCGGAGAGCGGAUCAACAAACCCACCACCGUCACUGUCCAACACCCUGCUGAUUUGUUCAAUCUCGUCUCCGACGCUGCCCUCGAACUCAGUACGCUCCGCCUUUGCACUGACGACAUCUUGGAGGCCGUUUACACUAGCGUCGACGACAAUGCUGUCAAAGGCACCAAGACCAAUAUUUUCAUAGCAGCGUUCACCACCUGUCAUGCUCGGCUCAAACUCUACGAGUCCCUGGACACCCUUCAACAGCAAGUCCUCUAUUAUGACACAGACAGUGUGGUGUAUAAAUGGCGUCCCGGUCAACCCAGCAUUGCCACCGGAGAUUUUCUCGGGGAUAUGACGGAUGAAUUGGACGGUGACAUCAUCACCGAGUUCGUUUCGGGGGGCGCCAAGAAUUAUGGGUACCAGACCCGUGGUGGCAAAGUCGUGUGCAAGGUACGCGGUUUCACCCUCAACGUCCGUGGAUCGGCUAUUCUCAAUUUUCAGACAAUGAAAGAAAACAUUCUUUCCGAAUUAGAAUCGCCCCAGGAUUCUCGACGUAAUUUGAACAUUACCAACCCUUAUUAUUUCAAACGAGAUCUAGAACAGAAACGCAUUCAAGUGGUUCCGCGCGUGAAGCAGUAUGGGUUGGUGUUUGACAAGCGCGUGAUCAAUGUCACCACCCGAUCCAGUUAUCCCUAUGGUUACGAAAGGAUUGGGGACGAACUCGACCUGCUAUUAGAUUUGUGAAAAUGGGCGUGACGUCAUUAGGGUGUCACACACGUCCCGCUUGUACCCAGGGCUUUACGCGGUCAUUAAAACUAUGUGAAGAAUGUGGAUUCAACUCUUGUGUGCGUGUGUUCUUUAUUCCAUGGGGUCACGUGAAUAACCAUGCCCAAAUAUGGGCAUUUGUGACGUCAAUAAGUCACAUGGGCGAAAUACUCGAUUCUGAUUGGUCGAGACAAAAUUUGCUGCGCUCUGAUUGGUUACUACCUAGUGUAGCCCUGUACACUACUCUCACUCAGUGAUAUCCUCAUCAGUUUUCUAGAACUUUUUAUCCUGUGAACAAUAAAAGUACGCUUUUUUACUGUUCUUGUUAGUGACAGUUACUAAGUUUCUGCCUGAUUGCAGAUAAUAUCAUUGCACGAUGAGUGUUCGUAGCUUUUAUUGUUAUUCCAAUUAAAAAAGGGUAUUACGGCUGAAAACAACAUUGGUCCUCUCCUCUUUUGGCGGCGCCGGCAUGUAUGUAAAUAAAAGGUUAAUGACGUCACUAGUGGAAAUUCCCUUAUAAGAAUAACAAUGAAAGCAAGUAAACAGAAAUCAGCCCAGAAUGUUCCCAUCGGUUAUGUAACAAUUUUACCAUGAUUUUUUUGUUUGUGUUAUGUAAUAUGCAGCCUAUAAAUGUGACUCUCAACUUGUGCAUUCAUUUUUUAAAAACUUUGUUACAAAGUGAUUUUGAGUUGUAUGGCAGUAUGAGGAGAAAUCGACAGUCUGCCUGGGAUCUAAACGACAACAGACAAACACGACUUUCAACAUUCCAGGUGCCUUCAGCCCAAGCCACCGCCAUCGGGAAUGAUCAGAGCAUGCGAUUAAGGUCAUCGCAAAACCGUUCUUUUGACUUCUACUCCCACAGAUCUCCUUCGUAUGAGGUCAAGCGAAAGUUUGGCCAUGUUGCAGCAAGAUCCUGCCCACGAUUCUCAAAUUACAAACCAACCGUGGUGUUCUACAAGGAUAGGGACACUGGCAGCUCAUCAGGCGAGGAAUUAAUCGCUUCAGCGGCUAAUAGAAGCUCUUGGGCCGGCGCGUCGGUAGAAUGCCCUUUCGUGAUCUACAAAGAAAUCAAUAAUGGUCAUGCUAUUCCAUUGUACACAUCAACGUGCAAACAAAUGAACAAAACACAAAUUGAGGGCAGACGAGGUUCUAAGACGCCAAUGCAAGAACUAGGAUGCUGCAAGGAUUGUUCACACUAUCAUAGUCAACCAGUUCUUCAACACUAUUCACAAUGGAUGCCAUCCUACCAAGCGAGGCGACACCACAAAAAUUCACAUUAGUCAUCAAGUCCACAAGGCUAUCCUACUGAGAAAAUGAAGGCUCUAAGAAUCAGUCCUGACCAAGCACACCGGCCGUUCACUCCUCAAAGAAAUUCACAUCAGCAUUUCCAAACUCAAGGAGUACUUCAAGGAUGUUCAAACGAGUUUAGGUGCCCAGACCCUUCUAAACUGAAAGCUAAAGAAAUCAUUCGAAGCUAUUCACACCAGCCCCGAGCCUUCACUGCUAGUCAAACAGCGGACAUGUUAAACACGCGCAAUCAUGUCGACCCGGACGUUAUCAUCCGAGCCAAAGGCAAAAUUAAGGACGCAGAUCAGGCUUCUCACACCAACAUUACCCUACCUACCAAGCCGACAGUCCAGGUUAUUCAUACCAUCGAACAAGUUACAGAUGGCGACUCUGUCGAUACAACAGCGAACACCUAUGAACAGCACCACUUGAAACAGCCAACAAAAAGCCCUUCCCAUUCACACCGGUCAACAACGACAGACACCAAUAGCAGCCCAGCCAAGAGAACACCAGGGAAUCGGCAAAGGUUUUCACACCAGCCUACUGGUAAUCAUGACAGUCCUUGCACACACCUAUCAAAUGAUUCCCACAACCAUAUUUAUGACACAGGAAAAAACCAACCUAAUGGGGAUUACAUUUGCUCAGCCAAGACCGCUUGGGGAAAAGGAAUCCAUAACCCAUCAGAAGCGGCAACUCAGCGGAUUGAUCGUGAUUCAAGGCCUCCACCAUCGCAGCAGUUUGCCAGAAGGAGAAAUGGCACAGUAAUUUCAACUCCCGUGUCAAAAGGACGUGAACGUUGGUCCCGCAUUAGGUUCGUUUUUCCCCAGCAAAGCCGAAAUGAACCUUGUGAGGCUACUGGAAAUCAAGGGCGACGAAGAAGAACUGGAGUUUGCCUGGACACUGACGCUACUCAAGAGCAGCGAAGAUUUACACGAGUGUUAGCCAAACGUUUUUAAAAGGAUCCAAAGGAACCCGUGACUUAAACAAACUGUAAAUAAUUUUAUUUAUGAAGUCACAGUAUCUCUAAGUAUAUUGCAUUAUUUAAAUACUAUACUAGGGCCCCUAUUUCUGACGUCAGCCAUUGCACGCUGAACCCAAGGUUAUACAUACGCUAGUACUGUAUGACGUCGUUUGUACAAAGAAAAGUUAAGUGUAAUUUUAAUAAUUAGCAAUUAUUGGAUGGAGCUAGCUUUGAUAUGAAGAAUUCGGCCUGAGUGGAUGACACCGCAGAUAUCUCUCACAUUCGGUUGGCCAACACUGCUAGGACAACCAAGUUCCAGGGCUCCUUCAGGUUCAGCGGAGCCAAGAUCUGGAACACGCUUCCUCUGGACCUGAGGAGCGAGCAUGAUAUUGAUAAGUUUGCGUUUGGUCUAAAAGGGUAUUUUAGAUCCAAGCAUAAUUGAGUCUCCCUUACUUUCGCUAUAUUUACUUAGUUGUACCAUUUUUUAUCUUUAUUUGUCUUGUGUUGCUGUUUUUUCUUUUUCAUCAGGGCCCCAUUCAAACCAGCAACGCUGAACUGGGCACCCCUGACUAAAUAUUGUUUAAAAUAAAACAAAAAAUAAAUAAAUAAAUAAACACCCUCUGCGGUCUGCGUAAUUCUUUAUAUCAUACAAAAGCAAAAUCCAAUAAUUGGUUUUAUUAUUCACUGAAAAUAUUUUAAGCUUCAAAACAUGCUUUCUUCGAUCUAUAUAGAGUUCCCGUCUUCAUAAAAUUUGCCUGUUACUGGGCAGUUUCAGCAGAUUAUUCCAGCAUCUAUUCUUAAAAUAGCAGUUGUCAUCCCGGCUUCGAGCUGUAUUAAGCCCGUCUUGCUUUGUUGUUAGGCGGUAGUUUGGCUAUUUCUUCCGGGUGGACUUGCUCGAUUAAUGGUUCGUUGUUCCCGACUAGUCCUUCUCCGCGGCUCUCUUCGUGUCUGGUUAUUAUGACUUCAGAGGGGAAAAUGGAUUAAAUUCAUCAAUUGAAAUCUUUCGCCUUUUUCUCCAGGUCUGCCAAAACAGCUGAGCUACCGUGCCCUCUGCUAUCCAUUUUUCUGACGAUAUCAGUACAAUAGACGUCACCUGUUCUGAUAUUGACAAACAUAUUCCAAAUUUGGUCAACACUAGUGGUGUUAUAGCCGGGGGAUUUAAGCUAAUCAGAAAUAAAGAAAUAUUUUCAAUGAAUAAUGAAAAUAAUAAAUACCGCGAAUGCUGUAGAUAAUUUGAAGUUGCCGCCCAGAUUUUUCUUGGCAAGUUCUUUUUUUUUUUUCUGAAUCUCCAGAAAACGGCAAUGAUGAUCUUAAUCUUCAUUGUAAUAGUAAGGUUUGUAUUGAUCAAAAUCAUAAUCAUAAUGUCCGGCAUUUUUUUCAUCCUUGUUAACAUUAACAAGGAACAUCUUUAGACUUGUGUAAGCAAAAUGUGUAAGCCCCGUAGCACUUGUGUAAAUAAACUGAAACAAAAUGCGAAGUAUUUUCUGUCAAAAGAGAAUUCUGUAUUUCAGCAUAUUUUAUAGUCUAAAUCUUAUGAACCACAUAAAAUAGAAAAUAUGCAGAAGGAAAAAAAAACAAAACAAAUUUUGUCUAAAUCUGGUCAUACGUCAGUGUGACAUUAGUGACAUUACGACCUGAACAAUCAUAGGGUACUGGCUAAUCUUGUACAGAAAGAGGGUAUAUACCAGCAUGAGACGAAGAAAAGGUUGAUACACUACAGAUAAGAUCCAAUCUAAAUUUUUUUAGGAAAUGUUUUCCUCUAAAAUCAGCUGCAAGCCUAUGGCUAUCAAAACAUAUAACGAAACGCUUAACAGGCAAUCAUUUUAGUCACUAAAUUUUGCAUUGCCUUUCAAAAUAACGAUGUAGUGUGUUAAAGCGGUUGUUUAAGGUUACCGGAAGUAUACCUAUAGUACAUCCCACAAUACCAUCACUCUCGGUUUAGGGCGUUGAGAUGCCUCCAGAACCGUGUCAGGUUUUGCUGUUGAUGGAGAUCCUGUAGCGUCGAGGUGAUUACGUAUUAAAAGUACAGAACUUAACGUGUGGCGACGAAGAUGGGUUGAUAGAGGACACUUUCGUGGAGGUUUUAAGCGGGAUUUCCGUAUUUUAGGAGUCAUAAUUUGGUGCGAUGCCCGGGAGAUCGAACUAGACUGAAGGUUCGGCGAGUAAUGGCGUUAUUAUUUCGAAGCCAGUGGCUGUAGAGGUCGGUGGUUUGCUGCCUUUUCUUUUAACAGGAGAUCAGCACUCCAUUUCACGGAAGGAGGAGUGAAAACAAUAAAAAUGAUAAAGAGUGGGGGAAUAAUGAAAAUGUGGUGGUGGAGGGAACAUAAAGAAAUUUGAGGCGACACGGCACUCCGGCGUCAGAGGGACAAGGGAAAUUAAAGAAAACAACCACCCCUUGUUGCUUUGUUCCGAAAAGAGGGUGCCUAUUAUCGAUCUGCGAAAAUUUGUUCCCAAAUCCAAGGUCCGAAAUUGAAAUCAGCGAAACCUUUCCCUGGGAAACUCAAAACCCCGAUUAGCUACAAAUUGAAAUAAACACCUACCAAAUUUUCUGCCUUGCGGUAGCGGGAGAUGGAACUUUCUGUUUUGCCAUUUAGUGUGUUGAAAAAUUCGAAAAAUGAGAAAGACUGAACUUCGGCCCAUGACCUAAAAGCCUUUCUCAUCUCCUCCGGCAUUCUGCUUCGGUCUAUUUCGUCUGUAAAGCUCUAGUUAGCUCGGUCUCACAUUUUCAAUUUUUUUUUUCAUACUUGAUAGCAAUAGCGAUGGAUGGCUCAGUGGUGAGAGCGCUCGCCAUCUACUAAAUGUGAAUCUCGGCUUCCACGCAAUAUGUAGGUUGCGUUUGUUGUUCGUUCUCUCCUUUGCUCCAACAGGUUUUUCUCCGGGUACUCCGGUUUUCCCCUCUCCUCGAAAACCAAUAUUUCCAAAGUUCAAUUCGACCAGGAAUGAUAAGCGAAGAAUCACUAUGUGGAUAUGCUACCUCUUAAACGCUAUUUAUUUAUUUAUUUAUUUAUUUCACUUGAAUUCUUUGUAGGUUGUCAAUGUUCAAUCGCUGGAUCGUUAAGCUCAGCCUGUCAUAUGACCACCGGCGAGUGUAGCUGUAAGAGCAAUGUUGAGGGCUCUAACUGUGACAUUUGUAAGUCUGGUACAUUUAACUUGGACAGUGGUAACCAUCAGGGAUGCUUGCACUGUUUUGGCUACUUUCGUGCUAUCAGUUGUUCAUCUGCCACUGGAUUUGUUGCAUCAACUAUCACAAGCCAGUUUGUAAAUGAAACAGGUAUUUUGCAAUAAUAAAUUCAAAAAAAUCUUCUUACUUUUGAGAAAGAGCAAGGAGAAAUGCUCUUGAACGACAGUAGGUGUGAAGGUUAAUUUAUAGAGAGCAGAUGAAGAUUUAUAAGAUGCAAUAAGCGCUAAUCAAAGUUAGUACUUUAGCUCUUACAUUAUUGUUAUAAUAUAUAUCUAGCCAGAUUUGUGAAAUCGAAACUACAGUGAUUUUGUUGCCUCUGCGUCCUGCGUCCCUGAUACAAAAAAAUCCCCAAAGAUGCAAAAUACAUUGAUUCAUGGCAUGCGCCCGGUAGGACGCCAAGAUCGAUCGAUCGAUGUGAACAUGUAUAUUUGUAGAAAUAUCCCGUUCGUGCAAUUUCUGUGGCAGUUAUUAUGGCUGUUGUUGAACGAUGCAUAUUUCUUUUAGCCUUUGUUAUGCUUGAAAAUAGGACUAUAUUUUAUUAAUUUUAGCGUGCUGAAACACAGAGUUUUGGAGUCUGUCUUCAGAUUAACUGUCUUGUUACAUAAGGUCGAAAAUAACACUAAAGGCCCACUUCACACCGUUCCGGAAGAACUUUUCACUGGCCGAAAAUUCGUGCAUUAAGGUGUUACGUUCACAGGGAACCAAGCUAACAUACGAAAAUUUGAACGCUUAGCCGUUCGAAAAUUCUAACGCUAAAAUCAAGGUCAAAUUUUAGCCGGUACGGUCGAAAAUUUAACCAAAGCAACGUGAAAACCAUGACCGUCUAAAUUUUUGUUCGACAAAUUUGACCGGCGCGGUGUGAACGCUAUAACUGUCUAAAAUUUUGUACGGCAAAGGCGCGGUUGCAUGGUUGCGUGGAGCAUCGCAGUUGUAAUGGCUGUCAUGCGUGUUCACGUUACAGGAGCAAGUUUCAACAAUGAGCCUCGACAAGAAUUCUUUGCAUUUGCACCCGUUGUGCAUGAGUAUUCCAACUAUCGUGGGAAUUCGUUUAUGAAGGAGCCCAUGGCUUUUGAUUUAUGUACAGGUUCGCAUAUAAAGACUGUCGAAACGAGGCUGAUGUAAACAUGCCUAGGGGCUGUUGCCGUUAAACCAGUUCAGUGCAGAAAAAGAAGUUUAGCUGAACGGUACGUAACAGUGGUCGGUGUUGGUCGAACCGUGGACCCAAGCUAACGUUUAGUGUUCGUAACUGAUGUGAAGUGUUGUGUUUUUCAGUGUUUAACUGGGUAGUCGUUAACAGAACAGGCGGUGUUGUGCCAUUUGCCAGUUCUGCGAGCAGUGGACUGGUUGUUACAUCUCCUUCGUCCCCAACAGUUGUCUACAUAGCAGCGCCAUCAAAAUUUCUUGGUGCACAGUUUAAAUCUUAUGGUCAGCACCUAAACGUCAAAGUAUGUACUUAAUAUAUAGAUUUUAGUCAUCAGAAUGGAAUUUUUUGGGCCCAAAUCGACGUCUCUUCCGCGAAACGUCCCCAGCGGCGGAGAGCGAGGAGGGACGUCUAUGUUCGCAUGCUAGUUUUGUUUUCAUUGACCUGAUCGUGAGCUGCUCCAGCAGCUCUACAGGUUUCUGGUUGCCUGCCCUCGGCAUGGGAUGCAUCGCGCGCCUUGUCUUCAUAUGUGUAUUCACCCAAUCCAAACCAACUUUUUGCAGAUGGAAAUAAGAGAUCCUGGAAGUGGCCAGAAGCCACCUUCAGCUAGCGGUGACGUCAUCCUUGGAAAUGGAGCGCGAGAAGUGGCCUUAAACUUUGUACCCUCUCCCUCACCAAAUGUCACAUCCUAUCACGUGAUACUGGAUGAAACUCACGUGGUUAGUGAGCCGCUCGUGUCGCCGCUGGAGUUCCAGUCCAUUCUGGCCGAGCUGAUGUCGUUUAAGAUCCGUGCCACAUACUAUCCCUUCCCGCAAGGAAGCGUGACGUUCAAAGAAGUUACCAUGGAAACAGCUGUGCAAGCUCAGGGCGCACCUGGGGAAGUGAGCGUUGGAUUUGUGGAAAAUGCGACAUGUCACGUGAACUACACAGGACUGUCUUGUGAACAGUGUGCACAAGGUACUGGAAUAAUAGAAGUCGUUACGUCACGUUGCCAUGGUAGCAAAAUUUCUAUAUCUCAACAAACAGUGGCCCUGCAAAUAUGGCAGGAAAAAAAACGAAAAAAUUGACGUGUAUAAAUUUCAUGAUUACACUCAGGAACAAAACGAUAGCCCAUACUUUGAUUCCAUCUUUUGACAAUGCAAAUGACCGUCUCUGUCAAGAAAGAUGAUUGAGAUCCAGAAAUUUUGCUGCCAUGGUAACCUGACGUCACACUCCACCUCUCUACUUGUCUCAUCUUUGGAAGAGGACGGACUAUGGACGAUUGUUUCUCCUGUAAAUAUCUAAUCGUCGUAAUUAACCGUUCAUCAGCAGGAUGCCUAAAAUGUUUGAAAGUGCACAAUAACUCUCACCUUCUUUAUUUGGAUCCUUUCGUCUUUGUUCAAACAAAGAGGUUCGUUUAGGCCUGAACCACGUUCCAAGGUCACUCGCUCUCGCGGCUGGUCCAGUGCCUCCCACUUUGCCCACUGUGAAAUACUACUUUAUUAAGCCAAACUUCGUUAUAACGAUCAGUUGGUCUUCACUAACAAGAUGAUCGUGUUAGUGAGAUUUCCGUCUUUCAAAACAUACUCAUGGGACAUUAAAAUUUUGUUAUACAGUGAAACCUCGAUAUAUUAAAGGGCGAAGGGACUGGCAAAAUUUGUUCGCUAUAACAAGGUUUCGUUAUAUCUAGAUUCUUUUUCAUAUAUUUUACUAUUACUGGGGUAAAAAAGCUGUUCGUUAUACAGAGUACUUAGUUAUAUAGUGGUUCCAUUGUACCCCUGUAUGUUUCAACAUCCUUGUCUUUUGAAAGGAGUGUGUGUUUGGCGGAGAUAAAGUGAGAAUCGUCUGUUCCCCGGUAAAAGACCCUUAAUAAAACUUCCGAGUCUCUUUGGGUUCUUUAUCUUUAUUCGUUUCUGCUUUUCCAUUUUUUUUAAAAUUGCUUAUGAUAAUUUCUUUGUAUCGUCCUUUUGUUUCUGAAGCCCAAAUCUCACAAGUAAAUAUUUGCUUAUAAAUUGCUAUGGCUCUUACUUUUCAGGGUUUACUCGUGAAGUAAAUGGAAGUGGUCCAUUUGGCCGUUGUGUUUUGUGUUCGUGUAAUAACAGGAGCACCCAGUGUGACAGCGAGACUGGUGUUUGUAUCAACUGCCAAGUGGGUACUUAUGGCAACCACUGUGAGCUGUGUACCAACAACGUACAGGGACCCGAGUGCAGACGGUGUAAACCUGGGUACUGGGGACUCUCAGAGAGUGGUUGUAAAGGUACAAACACAGAUCAACAUCUCCGAACCCCGCCUUCUAACGGCCCUGGAACCAGUUUCUCGAAAGGCCCGGUAACUUUUCGUCCCAGAAAACUAUUAUUCAGAUCAAAAUCUAAAGUAUAAAAGCGCCGGUCAUAGCUUAACAACCUUUUGUUUUGUUGACUGAUAAUUUUAUCAUAUCAUUUGCAAAAUAUCGAAGGCUCGACCUUGAAUGUAAACUAAUAACAACAACUUUCAGGACCCGUUAUAGUUAUAGGGACUUUCGAGAGCCUGGCAGCCUUUGAGCAAGUUCUCCGAGGCCUCAUCAUCUACGUGAAUAGCCCACGUUCAAUAUAUUAGAAUUCUAACAUGACUUCGUAAGUUUUGCAUCCUGCCAUUCAGGCAAGCUGUAGCUAGCAUGAACUAGCCCACAAGUCAUUUCAACUAGCCCCAAAACCCUUUUUGAUCAACGGGAUUGAUUACAAUCCUUCUGUAAUUUAAAUUUCCCCAAAAACAGCACUUGCCCAUCGGGCAAAUUAACAACAAAAGUCACUAGCCCGAUAACAAAAUUCAGUAGCCCCGGGCUAUCGGACACGACUUUCUUUGCACGCUGCUCUGAGUCUUUCUGGUCAUAUUUCUAUAUUCGGUUUGGUUUUCUUUGUGCUCAAGUCUCUUCUGGGAAUUGCAAGACAAUGGAGUCGUGAAAAAUUUUCAAUUUUGUCCCUGAAGCCUCGGAUUCAUGGUAGAAUUUUAAUAUAACGAACUUGGGCUAUUCUGCGAUUGUCAAAGGCUAAGAAAAGUAUAAAAGUAUCAGCUCAGCAUUUCUACUUGUUUAACGCCACAACUCCCAGUUGAACUCCUUUCGCGUGGACUGCUGUGCCUCGUGUGCAACUUGGUUGUGUUUCAAGUUUAUUCAAGUUUUAUUCAAGUUUAUUUAUUAUAUAUAACAACUGUUUACAAUCAAUCCGACUGACCUGCAGGUAGCUAAACUAAUCGAGGCAGGUCAGUCUCAUGUUCCUAAUAUUACGGAUUUCAAAAAAAGUUUUAAAAAACUAUUAACAAAGUAACAGUUUUGCAAAACAGAGAGUAACGUAUACGCAAUAUGGUUCCACAUUAAAUCAAAAAAGAAAAACUAAUUAAAGGACAAAAAAAUGAAAUAAUUAUGAUAUGAAUGGUACCUAGAUAUAUAUAUAGAGAGAGAGAGAUAUCAGUUAAUAUUUUUAAGAUUGGCCAUGAUUUUGUCAUUAUGCGUUAUCCUCUGGAUAAAUUAUUAUCUAGUAGAGAAUAGCGCUGUACACCUUUUUAGCGAUAAAAUACCAACAUAUUUGUUUGUUUUGUUGUUCUUUUUUACCUAAGGCUACAUUGAAUCCUGAUACAUUUAUCGUUUAUUUCUGUUCCUCAGCUUGUGACUGUUACUCCCUCGGGACCGCUCUUGGUAAUAGCACCUUGUGUGACCAAGUGACGGGACAGUGUAUGUGUAACGCAACAGCGAAUAUCGGCGGCAGGCGCUGUGACAUGUGCAGAGAAAACAGUUGGAAUAACUCAGUUGGGCUGUGUGAAGGUAAACACAUACAUUCUCUGUAAAAAUUAUGUUUAGAAUUUAAAUGGCCGUGUGAGGGCAAUUAUUCUGUUUUUUAGUCAAAAUACAAUUGCUACCUUUGAACCACAAGAGAAAGACGUGAACUCAUUCUCCAAGGUUUAAGCAAAUCAUAACCAUUAGUUUUGAGGGAUUAGUGCUGUCGAUCUUAAAAACUUCUGCCCUACAUUUUUUAAUUUAGCCCGCUAUUUUCCAACCCGUUCUGGGAGACCUAUAAAGUUAUAUUAAGCGGACACUUUUUCAGUAAUAAGCGGACAUGAGCGAAAGAAAAUCAAUACCUCCCUUUUCUUAUUUUUAGUAAAGCAAACCUGUAUUUAGCGAAUAGUACCUCUGUUGAACGCACAGACCUCUGGAUGGAUGUCCACUUUAUAUUACAGUUCACUGUGGUAUAGUCGGUUACUUUGAACAAGACCAUGCUCGCUUAAAGGAUUUUCACUUCCGUGUCAUUAAAUCUCGGUGACGCUGUCCCUUAACCUGAACUGAAUUGUAGUGUUAGGCCAUUUCCAGGUUGUCCUGAGCCUCUGUUUCAAAACGAGGCUGAGUGCAAAGUCAUUGAUAUGAAAAUAAUUUUUUAAAUUCUCAUGCAAAUCAAGAGAGUGCAAAUGAAUGCCAUUUUUACCAGAAAGGUUUUGCGAUUAGCCUCGUUUUGAACGUCGGAACUCGGAAAUAAAGCUCAGACCAUUCAAAGCCCAAAGAAUAACACAUCAACUUAAAACAACAAAAGAAAACGCUGUUGGUGUACCACAACGUAUCACCCAUAAGGGAGAUUUAGAAUCACGUUAACGGCAAAGACCUAGGCAAACUAAGAGCAAACGCUGAUUUGUGCCACGUGACGGCCAAGUUUUCCCUUUAUUUGUCGUUUACAAAAUUAGUCGUUUCAUGUCAAGUUCACUCCUAAAGAAUUAUUUGGUACACUUUUUAUCCGAUCUGCCCAUUUCCUAAUUGGGGUAAUCGUCAUUUUGAAUCUAACGUUUGUCGUUCGUCGUAAACAUAAUUCUAAAACUCUCUAAUAUCAGCCAAACAUUUACUGCUAGUAAUAACAAGCAGUCAGGCAACCUCGAUCACAGGACCGAGCGAGGCUGAGGCUACGUGGAAAGUUUAAUCUAUGUAGCGCAAAUAGAACCAAACCAGGACAGCUGUUUAUUCCUCAUUUUUAAUUAUGGGUCCAAAUCAAGACGAAAACGACAGCUUUCUUUGGGUGUUUCCCUACUCUUGGGUUAUUUUCGUGUCGUGCUGAUGUGUUGCAGAAGUAAUUUUUCUUCGUAGUAUUAGCCGAGCUCCUUGUUUUGUUAUCAGACCGGAUAUAGCCAAGCGGAUACAAACUAUUUCUGUUUGUAUCUAGAGUGCCCUCCCUGUUACUCUUCCAUACAAGAGGACGUGAAUUCACUGCGUGGCAAGAUCCAAGGUAUGCACGCUCAUCUAGUGACCCUCAUCAACCAUCCCGCCAUGCCUCACAAUCAGACAUUUGUUGAAAGCCUGCGCCAGCUUGUAGCUGAGGUCAGCAAACUCACACAAACAAUAAACUCAGCUCUGGAGGCGGAGAGAAACUCGACAUCUCAAUGCAUACGGUUUGCCUUAGCGGUGGACGAUCUGAGUUUAAGGCUUAAUAACACUAUAGCAACCACGAUAAACAACACACUUCAUUAUACAGCUAUUGUGACAGCUAACAGGAGAGAGACUGAGACAGUUGUGACGGAGAUUCGUGACGUCAUUACGGAGGCGGCGCGCGUGUUGGGCACUCCAAUGAGAAUGGAAUUGGACCAAGUGAAAGUCUUGUCCAGGUCCAUCGCGCUUGUCGCGGGACAACUGGAGGAGCUUACACGCAGUAUAAAACAAGAAACGAAUCGCACUCUUACUGCUAACAAGACCAUUCAGGUUCGCGUGGAGUACGCGGCUAAAACGGUAAAUGUUGCCGCCGAAAUGGCGCGAAAUGCCACAGAUACCCAGGCGCAAGUUUCUGCAUUGUUGGAACCGCUGAAUGAAAACGCGUCUGCAGUGAAAGUUUUAGGAGAACAGACAGUGGCGAUGGUAUCUGAUAAAUUAGCGAAGGCUCAUAAAACAUACAGUGACAGCUUAGAAGUGAUGUAUGCUGCAAGACAAGCAAACCCAGACAGGACCAGUGUAAGUGAUUGCCUUUCUAAUAAUUUGAAUCAUUUAAAGAUCCGCUAACAUGAUAUGUUGCUGUUGUUGGUUUGACGUUGUGUUAACUUGCUGUUCUGAGCUGUGACUGAACCCUGAAUUUUUUUUUUUUAAAAAAAAAACCCUGAGUACUGUUUCUAUACUGAGUAUUCUUCUUUUAUUACCCUUUCCAUAGGCUUUGCACAAUUUAAAACAAGAAACAGCGGAUGCAAGAAAUCUAGCAGCGGAGUAUUUUAAUCAGACCAGUAGUUUAUACGAAACUAGCACUACUGUGAUUACCCAAGUCAACGCGGCAGUUGAAAGAUCAGCAAACUUGAGCAACGAUGUACGUACUGUACUUACUAACAGCACACAGGGACAUCAGUUCUCCCAGUCUGCGCUGACUGCCGCCCGCGAUGCUGUAUCCAGAGCAAACCGCGUACAUGGGCAUGCGCAAAGAAUGCUGAACGUGGCUAACAAUUUUCAAAAUGAAUCUCGUCGGGCCAAGGCCUAUGCUAAUAGGUCACUGUUAGGCGUUGCCUUGAUUCAAAACGUCACUCUUCAAAUAAUACAGGAAGUAUCUACGGUUAACGAGUCAUCUGUAAGCAUUCUGUUUACUGCUGAAGAGGCUGCGCGCCUGGGAAACAUCGUUAAGAAUCUUACUGACUCCGAACGACAGGUAGGUCCCUUAAUAAUCAAUCUACGGUUGUACAUCUUGGAAACUGUAAAAAAGUUCCCAGUUUAAACGUCGAAUUUUUCAUUCACGUACCAAACCUACUUCCUUCGAUUAAGUACAUGAAAAAAUCGACGUUGGAAUCAAUUAAGUCCGACAUAUAUAAUUUGAAUCAACCCAUGGGAACUUCGACUUUGGUGCGACUUCGUUUCAAACUUCGAAAUUUUCAUGUGCCGAAUCUAAUGCAAAAACUAUUAUAAUUUAUUUCGACUGGAAAGCAGUGUAAAUUUUGAUUAUAAAUUGGGUCUGACUUAUUUUCUGAGUCAAACGUCGAACUUUUAUCACUGGGGUGGACCCAAAUGGGAACUGUUAAUUUCGGUACAUGAGAAGUUCGACGUUUCAACCUUGCCUAAUAAAUACUAGCUAAAUACUGGAUUGAUGACUUUCUUUUAGUUCUCGGAAGGGUUUGAAACAACUUAAAUAAAUUACUUUCUAAAUUGCUGGGACACUUGCAACUUAAAAACCGGUAUCCUCAGUAGUUGCGCGGCCGGCUGUGCUCUUAGUUAAAGAAAAGCCCACAUUUAACAAUUCGGAGAAACGUUCGAACAUCUUUUGAGCCUUUUUGAAUUGGGGGAGGUGGAGCAACUUUUCAGGAGAAUUGGAGCAACUUGUGACUUUCCUUAGUGACCUCAACAAGGGUACUGACUAAUGCUCACUCCUUGUGUCACAAAGGUUGUGGAGAAAGCUCAUCACCUUGCCAACCAACUAAUGAACGAAACUUCCGCAAAGAACUUGAUUAACAAUACCGUGGAAAACUUCGUAGCCAGAGAAAUAGAACCAGUGCAAAAACUCUGCCAAAACUUGUCAUCCAGGGCUUCUAAUACGUCUAACCACAGUGCAGUCCUUCUGAGGCGAGCCGUGGAUGCAAAUAGCACCGCUCAGCGGCUGAGUGCUCUUAUCGGGCGCUUACUGAAUGAGAGCUCUAGUUUGCCUCGUGUCAGUGUGGUCAAUCUGCCCACCCUUAGGGGUGAGGUUAGUUCAGCAAGACAGCAAUUCGACGGGUUACAACUCGGACCACAGUUGGCAGAACUAAGAAGAGAGAUUCAACUUCAGAAGGAAAAGUUGAAAUUGUACAAAGACCGGAUUGGACAACUUCAAACUGAUCUAAACGAAAAAAGGAAAUUACUGGCGUCUCUCCCUGCUGUUAGUCCGUGUUAAAUAAACUCUUCUACUCUUAACGCGAAUUAGCCCAGUCACAUUUUGUAACCAACAUUUCUCGUUACUUUGACAAUAAUCCUCAUCAAGAAUUCAGAACAAACUGAACAGUCAUAUUGUUAGUCACUAAGGAGGUUCUUAACUUAGUUUAAUUUGCAAAUGACAAUGUAUGCACUUCUUGUCUUGUUUUUCAAAUUCCUCCUUAAGUUGGCGUAAAUGUAAACAUAAAACUCAUCCUUGUUUUAGUAUGGUUAGCGAAAGACACCGUCGCUUGCUUGAGGUGGUUGAAUUCAAAUCGGGAGAGCUUUUAAGCUUUUAAGGACUUGUUAAAACGGCUGUAACGACUAUGACCCGUUUAAAGUAAUUUAAAGUACAUUAGGGGCGUUUACAUGGAGGGAGAAAGAUCCUAGUACCACAGGAAGAACCUAGAACGAGGAACAACUUUACGUUGGGUUUACAUGCAGAAAUUUCGAUCCAUAAGGUUACCAUAUACAGAAGGAAUUAAAGAUGGCGGGCAACAAUAACAAAAACGUAAUUUGGGCCCUUCUGCUCUCUUUACUAACGUCACUAACAACCUUUCAGCAGCAACUGGCAGUUCUUUACAAAUUCGUAACGCCAAACAUAAUUGUCGGCCUUUAUUGAGCUACCCCCGCCUUUCUAGUCUGUCCCUAGGACUAGGAUCUUCCCAGCGAAAGCAGUUUACCUGGUGCUAGGAGCGCUAGGGACAAGUACAACCCAUUUAAACUGAAAUAUUAUACAGAAAACAUAUGGUGCUAGGAUGAUCCACCUUCUUCUAAAAUCUUCCUGGCGCAAGGACCUUUUUCCCUGCAUAUAAACGGCAGCCCCUUAAAUUACGCAAGCCGGUUCCUUUGAGCCAAAGUCUUCCUCGCCUUAUCUAUGACUAAACUUGAAAUUACUAUCAUGUAGAGUUAGUAUUUUUGGAAGCUCUGCCUACUCAACAUUUUGCCCUAAUUAACAAGUUUGUGUUAAAGUUUGGUCAGUGGAGAGGAAGGGGGCACAGCUUUCUAUAAUCUUAUACUAAGCAUUCGUAUGGGGAGAUGUUUUCUGUUUUUUCCUUAUAAGUUUGAUCAUAAUCAAAUGACUUAACUUAAAGUUUCUUGAAAAGAUAUUUGAAUGACACUAAAUAAAAGUUUUGAACUGUUUUCGUGCUUCAUGCGAUGGAUGGAUAAGAUUGUGCCCCAGCAUUUUGACGAUGUGACGAAUCGACUGAGCCCUUUUUUUCCCUGGGAGCAAGAUUAGAUCCAUUCUACCAAACUUUCUAGAAUUGUAGGUCCAAAACUGAAUGGAUGGAUUCGAUGUAAUUCACUGUUAUAAACCUGGGCGCUAAUAAACUUGAUUAAAACCAGACCAGCGAAGUCGCGUUCCAUCGGCUACCAAAACUUCAUGAAACUUUGGUUGAAUGGAUCGCACCACUUGCGACCAGUACUGAACCAGUGAAACUCAAAGUUAUGUAAAAAGUGUGAAAGGAAAGUAUGGAGGGAUUACAUGAGACCGGGAAAAGGACAAGACUAUUAAGAGUCACAGCUGAUUGGGAAGAGAUACUCUUGUCGGGCCGAACUGUCUCAAACUCCAAACCGCGUCCUAUUGUAUAGACCGCGAGCGGUCAACCUUUCGGCUUAAUACCAGUAGGAGCGAAAAGCCACGCGCGGCAAUAAGGUGAAACUGUGCAAAUUAACGGUAAAAAGGAGGAGAGAUUGCCUAGUUGUAAUCCCCCGUCCAAAAAUAAGCCCCACGUAAAGGCCUUUCAAAAUUAUAAGCCGAGGGAGUUUCUUUUCUGAAUUUUAUGGAAACUCUUCCCAAAAAUCUCUUUCUUAGUUUACUACAUUAUUGUCCCUCAGACUCAUUUAGCCCGGGAGCGUUUUUCCUUGAUCUAAUUUUGGACUAGUCUAACUAAUUCUUGGCUGUUCGGUUUUAUGUAAUCAGAAACAAUCCUUAGUACGAUGUCUGGCGUGCCUGUCUGAUUUCGUUCGGUCUAACUGCCGCUAUUGCUAGUGUCCCAAGCACGGGAAGACUCAAUUUUUUACAGCAGUGGGCUCAUGAAUUACACUUCGUCUGGCCUUUCCAGUUUCACAAUUUUUUUAUAGUACUUUUUAGAGUCACAAUUCUGUAAAGUUAUAUACACUUUUCAUGCGCGGUUUUCGGGUUUGGUCAAGUCUUAUAGCGAGUGUAGGGCACGAAAAGCGGCCGAAGCAUCCUGCCGGCUGCCACACGCGAGAAGAAACUCUUCGGUACUUAGGGUAGUAAAGCUAUUGAAUCAGCGAGAAAAAAAAACGAAAGAGGCCCGAAAAAAGUACUUUACACUACGCUAUAAAAUUUAUAUUUGUUCGGCGUUAUUUAUAGCUUUCUCGUUAUUGUUUUGGACAUCUUAGUUGCUGCACGUUACCGGCCCGAUAACUCGAACCCUUGGUUACUCGCAGUUGAGUUGACUCGAUCUGAAUUUUCUCCAUACUUUUGCUGUCAAUUAAUCCUCGCCAAUUCGAACCUCCCACCGAACUCGAAGCAAUUGUAUUUUCCUUCAGGUCAUUUUUUUAUGACUUUACCCACGAUAGCUCACAAUCCGCGAGAAACUGUUUAUUGAGUGUAUUAGUGAAGUACAGAACGAUUGUGCCUUGAUGUUAUGGUACGUACGAAACUGAGCUCUGUUACUUUCAAAUUGUCCGUCAUUCUCUCCUAUCCCCCGAUAAGUCAAACUCCCGACAGAUUCGAGUAUUUUUUUUUUUACCUUAAACAGUUCAACAGAUACAAACUCUGGUGUCCAUCCACCACAAAACGAGUGCGGUUAGCGCUGUUUAAUUACUCCUUGGUGGGGUCGUACAUACAACAAUUACAUUUUGUAGCUAAAAUAGGUCGUGAAAACUAGACUACUGUACUAACAAAACUGUAAUUUUCCAUGAUUUUCAAGGACCGACCAUUAAAUUCCUUGACUUCCCAGGACUGGAAAAUAAAAUUCUUAAAUUCCAUGACUUUCCAGGUUUUCCAUGACCUGUACGAACCCAGCUGGGUUUAACGGCGCGAGACUGAUUUUCUGAUACAUCUUUCCGUCACAUUCUCACAAAUCUCAGCCAUAUCUGGAGAGUGAAAGUGAAAAACCCAAAUUCUGUACAUCUUAGGGAAGGAAAUAGACAAGAUCCUAAGUUUUAAUAAGGAAAGGUUCAAUAGAAAUGUUCAGCCUUUUUAUUGUCCGCCCUGGGUAGAUCUGGGUAGGCUGAAAAACGAACACACUCACACAAGAGCGGUGCGCGUUUCCUAUCUACUUUGUAAAAUUCUGGAGAAAAAAAAAACGUAAUCUUUAUAAAGAAAAAAAUCAAAUCGCCAAAAUAAAAGAACUAUUUCCUUGAGCUGAGUCUAAUGUCUGUUAUGACAGCAGUUUUUUUUCAAAAAUUAGGUCAUCCUAUUUCUGCAUCAUGUAUCCAUAGCAACUGGAGUGCAACAAAAGGCGGCCAACCAAAUCGAUCCGUCAUUUUUUCUUUACAUCUCACACAACGAACUACAAACCAUUUAUCAGUGUUUAUGCUCAAUUGCAGCCAUUUGGUUAACGUAAAUCGAGUUAGUUUGGAAAGCAUCGUUCGUAAAAUAUCUGGCGCGCCCGAACUGUUUCGAUAUCGGACGUAGCAUGACUUCAAGGACACAGAUCGUCGCGAUCAUAUGUUCGAUCGUGGCGGCAUUUUUCACUGAGGAGGUAUCCGGCGAAUGUUCGGCUGCUGGAGUUUGUGUUCCAGGGCCUGUAAACGCAGCUAGACAAGUCAAGAACACGAUAACUGCAACAAGUACGUGUGGCAAUCCACCGGCCACAUACUGCCGUGUUAAACCCUUAAACCAGUGUUUCUUGUGCACCAACACCACACAUACUGUAGACAAGAUGAAGGACGAUUUUUUGAGCACGAGCUGGCAAUCCGUAACAUGGUGGGAAUGGUACAACAAUAACAACAAGACAGAAGAACCUUUGAGGGUUAAUGUGACUCUUUCUUUUAACAAGAGCUAUGCCAUGACAGGAGAGAUUCGUCUUGUGUUUAAAUCUCCGCGUCCAAUCGAAAUGAUUCUGUUGAAGUCUGACGACAAGGGGCAAACAUGGACGCCUCUACAGUAUUAUGCAGAGGAUUGCAUGAAACGUUUCAACGUUUCGAAUACGCCAGUAGAAAGCAUAACUCUUGGAAAUUACGGCUUACACUGUACUCAGGAUUACAGUGAUUUGACCCCCCAAGAAAAUGGCGAGGUGCGAUUUGAUUUCUUGCGAAGGUACUCCAAAAGCCACUUCUGGAACGCGACGUUACAAAAGUACUUUACUGCCACGGACAUUCGCGUGCAAAUGCUACAUCCCAGUACCGAAGGCCGAGAGAAUCUGAAUAUAAAGACAGAAGAGAUAUUUAAUCAAUAUUACUACUCCAUCGCAGAUCUCAAGGUGAACGCUCGCUGUCAGUGUCACGGGCAUGCAGAAUACUGUGAUUACCCGAAUUUUCAAGGCAAGGAUUGUGACUGCAUUCACAACACAGAGGGCGAGGAUUGCGAGAGGUGUAAACCGCUUUUCAAUAACAAGACUUGGAGCCCGGCUACUUCGGAGAAUGAACCCAAUCCAUGUGAAGGUAGGCACUUAGAAAGCAAUCUUAAAUUUUGAACCUGGUAGAGAAGAUCGGCUGACAUGACAAAAUGACUGCUGUUAUCUACCGCGUGCAUUAAAUUACAUGUUUGAUUAAAACAAAGAAACACUUAACUUCCUCAAUAUUGGCUUUGAUUCAGCAGCCACGUUACUGCGAUUGAAUCAAUUUCGUGUAUCGCGCUGUUGGAUGUAUGUAUUAUCUAACUCUCUGUCAAUUUUCGCAGAAAAAAAUUUGCUGUCAGCUGCUUCGGUUUAUUCAAUGGGCAUGUUGCCUUUGAAAUCGUUUAAAUGACGCCACAUGAAGCUCUCGCUUUUGUUGUUAAAACCCACGGGAUUUUCAUUACAAACACUAGAUGUCGCGUAGAUGAACUGUCUGUGAUGGCAAAAUCUCUGACAUUCGGAAAUCUUUACGCAAAAAGUACUUUUGCGGGAAUUCUAUCGACUCGUUGUAUUAAUUUUUUCGAACACAUAUCAGUUACUACUGCAGAUUUAAGUUGCGUUGACACGUAGAGAUGUUGUUGCUAAUUAUUGCAAAGACUACUUUAAAAGUUCCUUUAAAAAUUCAACGGCCAAAUACAUAUUAUGUUAAUGUCACAAUCGCUGAAAACCCUAUACCCAGAAUCGAGCGAAAGGGAAAUAGAAAUACAUGUAUCUUUCACCUAGUAACGAGUUUGUUUAUUUUGGUAGACAUAUGACUAUCGAUUUAGUGCUGAAGUACAAAUGUACGUGUCAUAGGGCAAUUGGAGAUGAAUUUUUAUUCUUAACGAUAAUGGAAUUUCGGUUUACCGUUGUUCAUGGCACUUGCACAAUAAGCUGUAAUAGGCAAAACAGAGAACAAAAAGAAACAUAGUGAACGAAAAUUUUGUCUUUCUCCAGUCUGUGAAUAAGAACUAUUCAAGGUCUAGCAUCUUUUGACCUGAACAUGUCUUCCUUUUGGCUGGCCAGAAAAAAUAGCAUGGAAUAAUUAUUUCUAUAAACAUCAUCUAGUUCUCAUACAUUGCCAAUCAGCUGACUGAAAGACCAGUUUCAAAUGCCUUGGUUUCUUAAAGAAUUGCAAGCUUUUGAAAUCUGUCUUGCAACUUUAUUUCCACACCUCUCCUUUCCUUUUUCCAAGCCAAAAUAUUAUGAGCACGUCUCAUUUCUUGUACUUUCUUUUGCAGAAUGUGAGUGUUACCGUCAUGCUGAUAGCUGUCAUUAUAAUGAUAGCCUUGGACAUGGGGUCUGUGAUGACUGCUAUCAUAAUACAACAGGGCUGUUCUGUGAAAAGUGUGUAGAGAAGUUUUAUCGAAACAUGAGUAAAAACCUUGAUGAUCCUAAAGUUUGCCUGCGUAAGUAGAUUGUACGGCAUAUUGUAGGUUUAACUGCAUUUAAAUCGUUAUGAUUUUAAAGUAGUCAGACAAGUGUACUUUAUUGUUCUUGAUGUUUCAAAAAUCACAGUUUGUAAUAUUAAAUCUAGAAAAUAAACAAUUUGUGAUUAGUUUAGUUCUUCUGCUUCUGCUUGCGACUCUAAUGACCCGGUUUUCACUUGACUGUAAAUGUCGGAGUCAUAAGUGCAAUCAGAAGAAUCAGAACACUGUUUUCACUAGAUGGUAAAGUUCUACGUUUCUGAUUACGACUCCAACUCUGACUCCACCACUAGUGAAAACCAGCCUUAAGAUAAAACUCUUAGUGAAGCUUUAUUUUCAUACCUUUGUUAAUUAGAAUAACCCACACUCUGUUUGAUCUUUUCAGCCUGUAACUGCUUCAUGUAUGGAAUCACAAAUAAUGGCACUUGCAAUCAAACAACAGGACAGUGCGAAUGCAAGCAGAAUGUGACUGGUCGGCAGUGUGAUGGUUGUGCAGAUACCUUUUGGGGCUUCAGUCUACCUCCUAUAGGAGAUUGUCGAGGUAAAAGUCAAAUCACCUAAUUUACUAACAGUAAGUUUAGUUUAAUGUCCUCCUUUCAGAGGUUAAGCAGAUCUCGCUGUAUAAAAUAUGGGCAAUAAGUAUUAAUUUAGUGGCCUUCCCGUCUAUUGUUUUCAAUUGGAUAAUGAAGCAUUUUGUAGAGUCAAUGUUCUGGAUCAUUUUUAUCCUUGGUUUACGAUUUCUUUGCCUUUUGGGGGGAAUUAUAAUGUAUGAUAAUAAGUUUGGAACAGAGGCAAAUAAAUUUUAAAGCAAACAAAAAAAAUUGAACAACAAAAUGAUCACCCCACCAAAUGGUCAAAUCUUGUAUUUUUGCUAACAUUUAGCUACCGGUAGUUACUUACAGUUAGAGGCCCGAAAAAUUUUUCUGUCAACUGAUAAAUUCAUCUUGGCCCAUUUGGACCAGUCCUGUAUAUUUAAUAUGUUUGUUAAACUUUUGUGUUUUCCUUUGUAGAAUGCAGCUGCAACGGUAAUGGUACAAGGAAUGGCAGCUUCAGCUGUAACCAGGAAUCCGGCCAGUGUCCAUGUAAGAACAAUAUACACCAACGAACAUGUUCUGAGUGCAAAGAUGGUUUCUUCUCAUUUCCAACAAUGGUUGAUUCUGAUUGUCAGCAGUGUGAUUGUGACUAUGGUGGAAGCAUAAUGGAGAUCUGUGAAAAGAUAAAUGGUUUGUAUUCUGAAUUUUAUUUGUUCUAUUUGUUUUAAUUUACUGGCAGAAACGAUCGUAUGGUUCAUUAGGCUGAAAAAUGUUGUAUGAUGAAACAAUUUUCAGUAGUUCACUGAUUUGUUAUUUAGUGCAUAAUGACUUCUUGUUUCUUAGCCAAAUGCUCCAAAAGUUUUUUUUCUUUUUGGCCUCAUUGUCUUGAAAAGUGACCGGUAUUUUAAACCCGCCAGUCAGGGCCAUAGUUUCGUUAGUUGAGCUAAUAAAAAGACAUGAAUUCCAUUACGUGUCUUAGUUAAUGAUUUGUUAGAGAAUCAAUUGACUUGCAAGCUUGGACUCAGCUUGACCAUUGGGCAAGUGAACUUUAAAAGUUACUUGCGCAGCAAGAAAAUCUACCAAUCUUGGACUACUGGACGAGACCUUUUUCAAACCCUGAAUUCAACUGUUUAGUAUUAACCCUAGUAAAUAAAGUCAAAUUAUUCAUAUAUAUAUUUUUUUGAUUUGCUUUAGGGACUUGUCUUUGUAGAAGCAACAUUGUUGGUAAACGGUGCACUGAGGUUCUUGAGGGGUACUUUGUUCCCUCAUUGGUCUAUCUGUUAUAUGAAGCUGAAGAUGCCAUGGGAAGUUUUGUGUCAACAUCAUAUUUCACUGGAGCAAACCAAGAAUUUACAGGCACAGGCUAUGCAAGAAUUGGAAUGCACCAAUUUAUUUCCUUCACUGUUACCCCAAACACAAUUUUUAGCGACUUCUACAUAGUGAUCCGAUAUACCAAUGCUGAAGCAGCUAAUACAACCCUGCAGCUGUCCAUAAUGUCAUGUAAUUCCUCAGACUGUAAUGAAACAUACAGUAUUACCAUUGAACAUCUCUCUCGUGGAGUUGGAUUAGCCUGGAUAUCAUCAAACACUGUCUCUUUUAAUAAAGCAUGGAUAUAUCAUUUGAACUUGACAUUUGUUCGUGGGAUGUACCCUAACUCUACUAUAGAGAUUGAUUCAUUGAUUUUACUACCGAAUGUGAAAAACGUUAGGAUUUAUGAUGUUGCCAAAGGUGUUGGCUCAGUUCAUGGCAUGGCAUUUGACCAGGUUGAAAAUUGUUGGACAAAUUCUACUACCAUUUCUGGUUUACAGAGAAGCCCUGAUGUUUGUGACAAUGUUACUUUCUCUGUGAUGGCAGAGGUGUUUGAUGGUGCUGUUGGUGAGUUUUCCCUUUAUUUUUGCACCUAGUUGACUAACACUUGACACAAUUUUGAAUCAUUAGGGAGGUUUUGAUUGAGAGAUGUGAUUGUCAGCAAAGAAAUAUUUCAAAUAGUAUGAUGCAGAUGCAAAGUUUAUUUUUUGUUGUUGUUGUUAUCAUCAUCUUGGUUACGCUAACUGCCUAUUAUAGUGGAACGUCGAAAAAUAUCAAAGGGCCAGCUAAGGGGACUGACCAAAUAUGUUAACUAUAAGAGGUUAUGUUAUAUCGGGGUUAUAGAUUUUACUAUAAUUACUGGGGCAAGGAAUAUCGUUUGUUAUACAAAGAAAUUAGUUUUAAGUAUAGAAGUUUGUUAAAUUGAGGUUCCACUGUAGCUUGGUCUCUGACUUAAGUCUGCUGUGUGUUUUUUUUAGCAUGUUCAUGUAACAGCACUGGAACUGAGAAUGGCACAACAUGUGCCCAGCUUGGAGGCCAGUGUCACUGCAAGCCAGGGGUUACCGGUCAUUCAUGUGACCGUUGUUUACCAGGCUUCUUCAACUUUUCAGACAGUGGAUGUACAGGUAUGUAAUAAAAUAGGUUAAUAUAUAUGUCUUGGAGAGUUCGUUGUAACAAAUGAGUGGAAUGUUUUCCUUCUUGUGUUCAUAAUAGUCAGUGCUGUCACUAAAGCCUGCUGAGGCUGGGGAUUUCCUCUGGCUAUCAUAAGCAUCACCCCUGACUAUUUUUCUGGAAAAAAGCGAAAAAUACGAUAGAACCAAUUCCAAGAAAUGACCCCGCCUAUUAAUAAAUGAAUUGAAGUCUUAGUACUAGACAGCCAUAAAUGUUGCUGCCUUCUGAGUCAGUUUUGAUAUCCUUAAUGUCUUCCCAAAUAUAAUAAUAGUAGGUUUCAGUGGAUUUUUGUCCGUAACAGUUGGUUUGUUAAACAUUUCAUGAUCUCUGUUGUGGAUUUAAGAAUUCUGAUGUUUCAUAUUGGGUAUUUUAUUUCUUCUCUGAAGACAAAUUUGUUUAUUAGAGGGCAUUGAACUCAAAGGUGCAGAUGUUUAAAUGGUAUAUGAUGAACAAAUUUGAAGAACUAGCCACAAGGCUGCAGGUGCCUUUGCACUACUCCUGAAUCACUGAUGUCUCCUUCUGUACUUGUGUUUCUUUCCAGCUUGUAAUUGCAACCAGUCGGGAUCAUCAGAUCUGGUUUGUGACCCUGUAACUGGCCAAUGCCCAUGCAGACCUGGAGUCAUAACAAGAACAUGCAGCAGAUGUAAUCCAAAUUACUAUGGUUUUCAUACUGGACAGGGAUGUGUUGAGUGCAAAUGUAAUGUGAAUGGUUCUGCAGAUCUUCAGUGUGACAGCUUCAGUGGGGUCUGCCCCUGUAAGAACAGCACUACUGGUACAAAAUGUGACUCAUGCCGUCAAAACUUCUUCAACUUCACAUCUGAAGGAUGCCAGUAAGUAUUUCUGGCGAUAAAAUCUAGCUGAUGAUAUCUUUUUGUAGAAUUUAUUUUGAGCAAUGAUUGUUUCAAAAGUAUUGAUGUUUUUUAUGGUUUUACGUAAACUGUUGCCAUUAGGUAGUGUAAUGUGUUAUUGGUAUUGUCUAGUUUCUUCUCAUCUUUUAUAUCAUAUGUACAUGUAUGCCUGAAUGAUAUACAGAUGUAACCUGAUGUGUCAUAUUUUACAUAUAAAGUUAAGCAAAGCAGACAUUCUUUUUGGGCAAGCAAGGAUUCAUUUAUAUUUCCUGUUUGUUUUCACCACAUUUCAUUUUGAAAGCAGGAGCCCUUCAAAUGGGCUUGAAAUAAAUAAGCCCCCAAGGAGGCUAAAUAGAGGAUUUAUGGUACUUGUCCCAGACUACAAGGCAGGAAUUUUCUCAAGCCCUGUUGGUUACAUGUACAUGUAUACUCCUAGCUGCUGCAUGAGCUAAAACUAGUGAAUUUCUCACUCAUGACACUCAUGAGACAUAAGAAUUCUCCUAACUACAGUGUAGUACAAACUGUAACAGGAAUGAUAGCAAAAUAUGAACAUUGAUUUAUUUUUUUGCAGGCCAUGCAACUGUGAUGCAGGAGGCUCUAGUUUACUGCAGUGUCAUAACACCACAGGAUUGUGUACAUGCAAGGCUAAUGCUGAAGGAGAUAAGUGCGAGAGAUGCAAGAAUGGAACAUACAAUAGUGACCUGGACAAUCCUGAUGGCUGUUCUCCUUGUUUCUGCUUUAAUCGAGCUAACGAGUGCUCUUCUGGAAGAGGCUUUGUGAAGUCCUAUAUAAGAGCAAAUUUCACUGAUAACCAACAUGUUAACAUAAAUAAAUCACCAGAGCUAACUUUUUCUCAUGAGGAUCAACGUCUGACGAUAAAUUUUUUGAGUGGCACUUCGGUCACACUGGUCUUUAAUAAGGCAUUCAGUGGCUUCCAGCUUCACUCCUACGGUCAGUUGUUCAAGCUGAUCACCAACAAUACCAAUGUGGAGAGUUUAAAAUCUGACUGGAAUGUAACACUGAAGGGAAAAUAUAACAGGCAGCCACAGGAAGCCGCUUUUAACCUUCACUCUGAGUCAUCUUCGUCCGGCAUAACCUAUUAUGCACGGCUGCAUGAGCAUAACUCACAGCAAAACUUGACAGCAUAUCAACUUCAGAGUAUCCUGGCUGAUAUUGAAUCUGUCCAAGUUCAAGGGAGUUUUAUGACAAAUGGUUCUUUGACAGUGGUUAUUGAGUUGGUUUCUGCCACAAAAGAUGUUGGUCAAGAAGUGCAUUAUGUUGAAAACUGCACCUGCUCAAACAACUACACAGAUCUCUCAUGUGGAUUCUGUAAUACAGGUAAAAUUUUUAAGCUAUGCUGUGUCACUUAUUGUAGAAAAGAAAAGAGAAAUUUGAAUAGUUGUAUUGGUAGUUAGUCUUGCAUACAUACACAUAUACUUUAUUUUACACUCAUCAUUUUGAAAUGAAGUGAAUUGUUGCAGAUUAGAGGACGCAUAAAGGUGUGCAUAAAUUUUGUGUUUUUUGUUUGUGAAUCAAUUCUAACACUGCUUUACUUGGAGUAAGCUCAAUUCCCAGCUGCUGUUUGGCAAUAAGCCCUGGCUCCUCCCCCCUCCACCCUCUUGGGGAGGAUGGACGGAGAGAGCAGUUGAAAUUGAGCUGACAUCUUGGGAUGGGGGCUCUUCUACACAGAGAUUUAGAUUGCAGAUGCAAGCAUUAUAUGGUGCCUUUACACACAUUACCUAUUGGCCCCAAAUAUUUUCUUUCUCUUUUCCUAGUUGUCUGGGCACUGCUUCACUAAAUAAAUUGUUUGAGGGGAAAGGAGAAAGUGCCUUUUUCUACUUUUGUAUUCAUGUACCAUUAAUCCUUUCCCCAUAUGAAACCAGAAAAAUUCACUCAUAAUUCCAACUAUUUAAUGCGUAUUAACCCAUUCCCAAAUCCUGUGGUCUAUUUGGGAAAAUGCCACUUGUAGUAUGUCUAAUGUUCAAAGAUUUAAAUGGUCUUUUUCAGUGAAAUGUUUAGGGGCACCUAGGUAGAUCUGUACUUUUUCGAAAUCUUGCAGAAAUUAGCCAGGCCUCAGUUGUUCAAACGUUGGACAGCGUUAUCCACUGGAAGAGUCACUAUCCAGUGGUUAAGUAUUUGGAAAACCAUUUGCAUCAUGCACUGCAUAGAGAUUUAUCCAGUGGGUAGCGCUAUCCACUUUUUGAACAACUGGGGCCAGAUGUUGUAACCUUAAAAUGAUACCAGUGUUCAAAGAAAUGACUGUCUUAGUACUGACAUGAUUUACGUUUGCAGGUUACACUCGACAGAAAGAAAGCUCCAAACCCACUUCAUUUAAGUCCUGUGCACUGUGUUCAUGCACCGGUCGCUCAAGGGAGUGUCACCCAGAGAAUGGCACCUGCUUUAACUGUCGCACGGGGUCUGAGGGUGACAACUGUGAACGAUGCCAACCUGGAGUUGAUAACACUACUGAUUGUACUCGCUGCAUUCCAGGAUACUUUGGCUUGACUCCAUCAUCUGGUGGCUGCGGAGGUAAGUAGCCAGCUGAGUAGCAGGGUUUUUUUACUGUGCGUCAUCAAAAACAGUCAAAAUAGUAAGUCUACAGGGAAACUUGAGUGUCUGAUAUUAGAAAGUCUCAUUAUCAGAGAUAAAAGACUGAGGCUCAACGCUCCAGCGGGCUCCAUCCGGGCAAAACUCUUUAUUUAAAUUUGUUUUGUUUUGCUUUUCAUUUUCACGAUUGAUCAUGAAUUGACAUGUACUUUUUCACACUUCUUCUUCUUAAUAUUAAUUUUUAUAUCUUAAUUUUGUAGUCAUUAAUACUGAUGACAUAAAGCUAUCGAAACGUCAAGUUUCUUUUAUAUCAUUCAUUUUUGUUGUAAAAUGUAUUUGCAAGUCGGCUCUUAUAAAUACUUGAAGGACGUUUCACGUCAGAACAGCAAAGGUGGAGGGGUCAAUCAUUCUGUAGCAGUAUUCAAAACUGAGUACAAUAGGAAAGGGUAUUACGCACAAGGCUGAAUGGUGGACUUGACUGCACACCAUGUACUCAGACAGUAAGUUUCUAACUGCUCUUUGUUAUGUCUUGUUUAUCAGAAUGUGACUGUGUGCUUCCCAACACGAUGUAUGGUAACAGUAGCGUUUGUAAUGAGACAACCGGCCAGUGCACCUGUAAACCAAGAAUUGGUGGGAGGCAGUGUGAUCGAUGCCACGAAAAUGCCUACAAUACGAGUAGAGGAUGUGUUGGUAAGUAAGGUCUUCCACAAUCCUUCAGUAAUCGAAAGAGCGCAUGACGUUUGAGAAGUUGUCAUCAGCCAACCGCACAGGUUCUUUCCUGCCGAACCCGGUGUGUGUUUGUGGUGGGGGGCUGGAACAUAAGGAAAUAGAAAUUCUGGGCGAAGUUGUGAAAGCCUGGCUUGUAUCCUAACUUACUGGUGCACAGUUCCAGCCUGCCUGGAAUAUCUCUGAGCCAAUUUUUUUCUUACUGAUCAUUCAACUCGGCUCAACUAGUGAAAGCCUGAUUUUUUGUGGUGAUCUGGUCGACACAAAUAUACUGAAUUUCCAACAGAAAAACUAAGAAAUUUUGGUAUUGUUGUUGAAUUGGUUGUUUGUUUCUUUUCAAUUGCUGUUAUCAAAAUUUGUUAAUCUCUCUGAACCGUAAAGAAUUAAGGGUGGGUAAGUUCGAGUGGCCUGAAAUCGCCCUCAUCGAUUAAGUUGACCAUACAUAAGGUCCUGUUUCCUGAACAAUGGCAAUGACGAUUUCUAGCAUGCUUUCUUUUCUGACUUUAGAUUGUCCAGAGUGUUACCGUCUUAUCUCUGUGGAGGUGAAUAAGCUAAGAAAGAGUUCAGCUGAUCUCGAGGACGCGAUAGAGCGACUGCGAAAUGGAAAUAUUGGUGAUGCAACGUUCGCAACGAGACUCGAUAAUGCUGAAAAAUCUACCAACGAAUUGGUGUCUGGCGCUAAAGAAGCCCAGGAAAUCGAGAGGAAUUUAACCCAAGAAAUCACGCAACUCAAUGAGACGCUGAAUCAACUUGAAAAUGUACUGCUGGAAGAUGUUACUCCUGGUGCUGCCCAACUGUCAAGCAAUUUGUCAUCUGUUGCAGCGGAUAGGAACACUAUCGAACAAAUGAUUCAGUUGAUACGCGAUGCAGUGUAUCACAGCAAUAAUGUGAUCAACAUGUCAGUUGAUCCUUCUGUCCGCGAAGCUGAGGCUAUCGCUGAUUAUUUGACUGACUUGGUGCCUCGGUUUAGUGCGAUUUCCAGCAACUUCACAGCAGCGGCAACUCGUCAGAAUGACACUGCGUACGAGAUACAAGGCAAAAUAGACAGUGCAGAGUCUUUAAUAACAGAAGCUCAGCAAGUGAUGGUCAAUGCUAGCUCAGUACAGAAUAAUCUCGAGUCCUCGGAGGCCUCGAUCGAGCAUUUGAAAAUGCGUGUGGAUGUUAUAAAAGCCCUCGGUGACAGUGUAAAUACGUCAGGUUACCAGCUGUACUGGAAUGCUUCGGCCUCGUUGUUGAGAGCCAACCAAACUUUGUCAGAGGUAAUGCUGCUGGAUCCUAACAAUACUGAUACAGUCAGACAGAUUGCGAGGGAGACACAAGAAGCGAGUAAACAGGUUCAAAUGGUAAUCUCACGGGCUCAGAAUCUCACUCAAGAACUGUACUCCAAUUUGACAUUCCAAGUUGACUUUACACUAAAGCAGUUGGACGUUUUAAUGUCGCUUGUAAAUAACGCAGAGCAAAGAGGAAUGGCUGUCUUAGAGGAGGCACGGAGAGCUAGACAAGAAGCCCUUGACGCCGUGCAGCUUGCCAGUAAAACUUUCACAGACGCUCAAGAAAUGCUUCAGAUUUUGCGGAAUUUUGAAGCAAAGUCACAGGAAGCCAGUCAAUUUGCUGAAAGUUCGCUGCAGCGCGCCAUUGAAGCCAACGCAACUAGCUGGAAUGCAAUCGAAUACGCUCAAGGAGUCAAUGCUUCUUUACAGGCUACUUUGGCAGUUGCUAGACGCGCUCUAAACUUGGCACAACAAGCAUGGAACAUCUCCUUUGAUGAAAACCAAGUAAGUAACACCUUGCCUUCUUUCUUUUUUUUGUUUUUACAAAAUUACCAGAUUCCCCGUUUGAACGCGUCUCGGGGUUUUAGAUUAUGAAGGCAGAAGAGCGACGCGAACCGAAGGGUGCACAGUCAGAUUUUCCAGAAAACUGAAAGAAAUACGUACGAGAGGCAGAAAGAUAUAGCGAGGAUACUCUCUCGCUCCACCACACUUUCUCUCUCACUGCUUUUGUUCAUUUCAUUCUGCUCCGAACUCUCUGAAGCGCUGGAGUGGGCUUAAAAUCAUGGUAGCUCCCUUCAAAAAACGUUUCGCAGGACUGUAGGGCCUCGAUCAUCGUCAAAGACACAGGGGCAGUCUGUCGGGUCGGUAGAAACGGCGCCACGACGUUUCUACCCGACUAACUUUCCCUGGAUCUUCGAAGAUGGGAUUUGACUAAAUAUGGGCUGGCCUGUACAUUUGACUUGCAAGCGCCUGCCACGCAAGCCAGGCUUCGACUGGAAGCCACUUUUCAGUAUAGCUUAGACAGUUAGGUCGUUUUAGCUGUGCGUAAAUUUAUUCCUUACUUUCUGUUGCAGGGGGUAUCGAUCAUUCACGCAGACGCAAACAGGCUUUCUCAUGUUGCAAGCACAUCUAAGUACACCCCUGAAUACUUCACUGCGGUCGAGCAGAACGUGACCUCCGUUAACUCAUCUUCUCAAGGUAUCAUCUCCACAUGCAAGCAAAAUUAUUCCAUAAGAACUUCUGAAGCUCUGUCAACAGCUUACACGGCAAAGAACGAGGCAGACAAAGCCGAUGUCGCUGCAAAAAACCUGAAAGUCAACGUUGACCGCGUGGUGAAAGAGGCUUCAAUGUUACAGCAAGUGAACACUACAAGACUGAGUGAACUGAAGAACGAGAUCCAAAGAAUACGAGCUGAAUUUACACAGAGAAACGUUACGGACUUAAUCAAAGAGCUGAAAAACGCAAAAGAGGAGCAGCAGAAAUUUCUCACAGAGUAUCGAGAGAAAGUCAAGGAAAAAAGGGAAGAAAUUACUGAACUUAAAGCGCUUUAUGCGUCACUGACAUCAGUAACUUGCGAGAGAUCAACGACGUGAAAAAGGUGAAACCUUCAGAGAUAUAUGGAUGUACGUAAUAUUACAGCAGAGAUAUGAACCACGGUUUGUCUUGGCGUCAGGCUUAGAAGUGGGAGCUUACGAAAACAGCCGUUCUGCUUUUUACUAGUGAUCGUUUUGUAUUUGUAUGUUUGCUUUUCCAUUCACUUUUAGGUACAACAUAAGACAAUGACAACAACUAAGAGAUAAAUGGAGAAGGUCACGAUAUGGUGAAAGUAAUUACAUGCCCUGUCAGUUGAAUUUACGUUUUUAUUUAGGAUAUUAGAAAAAAAAAUUGUGGUGACCGAUGAGGCGGCUGUCUUCUUAGGCUAAGUAGCGACUGGUCUGCUGGACAAUCUUGCUGAGUGAUGAUGAAUUCCAUUACGUUAGAGAGAUGUAUUCGAUCAUCGUUAACUCGUUGUAGGAGGUAAUUACAGUACUCCUAGACUUUCUAAAAGCCCGUUUUGUUCGGGUCGUCGGUCAGGAAAACGUGCGAGAGGUCUCAAAAAUUCUCCCGCGAUUGUCGCCUCUGAAAAAAAAAUGCCUUAAGGGCAGGUCUGUCGAACUGUUUAUGAUGCCAUGCUGAAUGUUUUGAAAGAGUGCAAUUAUGGGUUAAAUAUUUUGAACUUGUUGUCUUACUUAUUCAGGAUGUCACGCUCAAUAAUUGAAUCGAUUGUUUUGAAGAAAAUAACGCAGAUUCUCGUUUAACAUUGCUUCUGGAAAUGGUUGCAUUGUACGCGACACCUACAGAUUAUACAGUUCUCUGCUAGCAGAUAUCUUAGUAAUCCGAGGUUGCGUUGAUUUCCAAAAUUCCAAAAUUAACUGUCGGCCCUUAGCCAAUGAGAAGACAAAUAGUGAGUUCAAGGUUAGUACACAGUUUCGAUCGCAGUUUUAUUGGUUUUAUUGGCAUAAGAAUAUUUUUCAUCGCAGUUCUUGUAUAAAAGACUUGAAAAGCAUAGUGCAGAUUCUUAUCUCAAUUAUACAUUGGGGCCUUUUUAAAAUAUUUAUUGAAUAUUGUCGAUGAAUUAGGUUACUUAGGUUACCGAAUAAAAUUAUAUACACGUUUGAUUUACAAAUGUUUGAUGGUUGUUGAAGGAAGAGAAAUUUAUGACAUACGC